GUGGGAGACAAAGAUGAACAUCAGAUAGCCCUCGGGUUUUAUUUUUAGAGAUAGUAUGCAAUAAACAACUAUUUCCCAUAGUUCCCAAACCGUGGUUCCCAAAAUGUGAUCCACAGACCACCAGUAGUCUGCAAGCCUCAUUCUGGUGGCCCAUGGCAUAUCUUGUAUUAAAUAUUCAUCUUGAUUUUAUUUGAAUCUUUAUUGCUUCUUUUAUUGUAUAUUAUUUAUUGUAUUGCAUGUUAUUGAACUACCACUUGAAUUAUGUGAAAUGCAAACUGUAAUACAAUAACAUACAACAGUGGGGAGAAAAAUAAUAAUCAUAUAACACCUAGCACAGCACAUGGCACUUGCUACAACAGGCAGAAAAACCAUUAAGUGUUCAUCGGCCAAUUCCCAAGUGGUCCAUGGGGGACCAAAAAGUCAGUUCCAUCUUUGGAUGAUGCCUUUCCAUCUUUUAUCCGUUUUCUGUUCCAUUUUCGCCUGGAGAGGUGAGUGUGAUUUCUGGAAGAACCUGUGCAAAUAGGAAGGCUGGAAGUCUCCCCCUCGCCCAGCCACCCACUUUCCCUUCCUCUCCGCAGAGGAAAACGCUGCCUCUUCACACUCUCCCGUGUAAACAACCCCGGUCACCUUCCUGCGCCGCCGGCUUCUGGAGCCACACAUUGCCAUCUUCUCAGCUUCCUGACAGAUAUAUAAUAAAGCCUUUGUGGUGAUGCUGAUGCCCAUCCUCUAGAAAGCUCCUUCAGGGGGACCAGCAGCACAGGCUCCUCUUCAUCUCCCGGGAAGGGUGCGCGUCAGAGGAAGGAUCCUGCGAACACGAAUGGGGGAAGAAGAAAAAGCCACCGGGCUCCCCAGAGAGCGCGCGCGGCCAGAGGGUGGGGGCGGGGGGAGGCGAGGCAGGAACCCGAGGAACCCGGAGCGCCGAGUUCUUCUCUCGCCCACCUCGCGCGGCCUGAGGGAAGCCCGCCAAAGCCAGGCAGGGGGCGGAGCCACGGCCCUUUUAUUAGCCGAGGGCGCAGGAGGCGCCGGGCGAGAGAAUGGAGAGCGCCGGCCUGAGGAACAGCCAAGCCAAGGUGGCUCCUCCGCCGCUGGAGAAGGGCUUCGGCAGCGACGGGCCCGAGAAGAAGAACUCCGCCGCGGUGCCCAUGCUGGCGGCUAUGGAGGUGGCGGACGAGCCGGAGAAAGCGGCGGCGCUCAGGGCGAAAGUCAAGGAGCCCAACCCCUACAAAGUCCUCUCCCUGGUAAGGAGACUCGCCGCCCCCCUCCCCGCUCCGGAGCCAGGCGCCUCGAGAGACCCCGGAGCGGAGCCGGGGACGGAGCGGGCGCAAAACCCGACCCCCGGCCGGCAAAGUAGCCUACCUCGCAGGGCUGUCGUGAGGCUCCAAGGGGACGCUUCUCUUCCACGCAGUCACGGGCUCGCUGGGCAAAGGCAAGCUUUCCAAAGUGAUGGUUGGUGACCUUCGUCUUUUUGCAGAGGGAGAAGCAAAUAUUUGCUUGGGCCACUCUGUGAAUCUGGCUAAGGGACCCAAACGAUGUGGCUCGCAUCCUAAAGUGACGCGGGCUUUGCUAAAGCACCUAGGCAGCAGCACAGCUUCACCGAGUGGGAUGCCUUUAAUUUAGGAACAGCAAACAUGCUGCCUGACCUUUGGCAAGUCAUCUCUUCCCAAUACAGGGGAAAAUACUAUGUGUGUGAGAGACAGAAGGUUUGAAAUUGGCCACCUACAAUUUUCACUGCAAUGAUUCAGUGCCGUAACAUGUGAAACGACAAGUGAAUAAGAACCAGGUGUCCCUGAGCAUGUGCAGAAUUAAAUUUCCUCGACAUUGGUUACUCACAUUCCACACCUGCAUGUGUUGCAUCAGACAGUAGAGGAUGUUAGGAGCACACCACAUAAUGCUUUAACCACAGCAUCUUCCUUUUUGAAAGUAUUCACUAAUAAGGAGCCAGCUGAUUUAAACACACUCAUAUUAGGGCAUUGAAAAACUUUGGUGUGUGGUGAAAUGGUGGUUCGCCAUACACUGGACUUAAUAGCUGACAUUGCCAAUGAUUCGUGUCUGUGAGUUAAUAUUCAAGAGUCUAGUAUGGUAUUUGCACUCUUUAAACUUUCCUUGGCACUUGACUUUAGAGUAGUAGUUGCAAGUUGGAUUGCCCCACCUUUCUAAUGCAAGCUCAUCUGGGAUAAUGAGGAUGGCAAUCUGCAUUACUGACUAUCACAGUGAAGGAGCGAGAGUUAUUCCAGAUUAAUUACUGCACAUUACACAGGAGUGGCAUUCUGCAUGUGUAAACUGCAGCAUAAUUUAUUUCAAAGGAAUGGUUUGGAGGUGAACUGAGUUAAGAUUAUAUUAUAACCUGUUCUUGGGAUGAAGUGGGAAAAUAAUAUAAACAAACAAAGACAGUGAGUGUCAUAGUAAGAUGCAGCUCUUCUGCUACCCUGCCCUGCAUUAUUAUGCCUUAUGUCCACUCCCAUUGCUGACCCAUCUUUCUUAAUCUGUCAAUUACAUAGUGUGAUGCUGGUGGUGAACUGAGCAUUUUCCUUCAUCAUAUUUUGAUGGAAAAUCUGAUAAAACAGAAUCGCUUUUUGAGAACUUCGCAUUACAUGGAAUUCUGGAGGAAAGUGUGCUAAUAUAUCCCUCUACACAUUUACUCCUUUUCUGGGAUACUUAGCUGGGGUCAGGGCUGUCCCAGAGGAGAACAUCUGAUGCAGCAGUGCUCUGCUCUUAAGAGUGAGUCACACUUCUGGACCCAGCUCAAUGGUAGUAGUUAAAGCCUGGAGAUACCAUAGCCUUCACCAUCUCAGGAAUUGAGUGUGGAAUCUUAAAUCUCUUUAGUGGAUCACAGUCCCUUUGACUUGUAACAGAGAUAUCUUUGAUGUUUGUUUGAAAAGUCCUAGCCCUGCUUUUGUCUCAUUGUUUAGUAUGCUUAAGUGCAGGCAGAACUGCAUGGGUUUGUGUGUGUGCUGUGUGUGUGAUUAGAUAUGUCUAAUCUUUUGGAAUUUAUCUAUCUGGCUCUUAAGAAGGUUGUUUGGAAUGGAAUCCUGCUAGCUAUCUAGCUGAGAAUUGUCUGAAGAAAUGUUUGUUGCAACUCAAAUAGCUUGCAUCGGGGCUUUUUCUCAGCUGGAACUCACCAGAACUCAGUUCUGACACCUCUCAGUUGGGCGGUUUUGCCACUGGGAGAAGCAAAGUUACAGGGAACCAGGCAGAGGGCCUUCUUGGUAGUGGCGUCCUCCCUGUGAAACACCCUCUCUCAGAUGUCAAGGAAAUAAACAACUGUCUGACUUUUAGAAGACACCUGAAGGCAGCCCCAUGUAGGGAAGUUUUUAAUUUUUGAUGUUUUAUUGUGUUUUUACUAUUCUGCUGGGAGCCACCCAGAGUGACUGAGGAAACCCAGCCAGAUGGGUGGAGUAUAAAUAAUAAAGUAGUAGUAGUAGGUAUUAGUAUAAGUAUAAGAGAACAAGGGAGAAGUUCAUGGUGAGUUCCGGCACCCCAAUUUCUAGAAAAAUAGCACUGGCUUGCAUCAUGUUUCAACAAAACUACAGUAUUUUGAAACACCCAUAGUUACCCACAAGGGCCAAUAUAACUGCUGAACCUGGCAAAUAAAGUUUUAGAAUUGGUUUACUCUCCACUUGUUUCAUUGUAUCAUGUGUGUAGCAGGUGAGAGGAGAAUUGUUCCUUAAGCCUUUACAAAUUUUUAAAAUAGAAGUACAUAUCAGUUUAAAAAGGAUUGCCUUUCCCUCUCUAGGUCAAACGUUCCCAAUCUGUUCUGUAACAUAAUGAGCAAUUAAGAUGCUUGGCUAUAUGACUAAAAUAUGAAGGCUCACCUGCUGUCAGGUUCUAAACUGAUUAAUUGGGUUGGUGCACAGUAGGCCAUAAAACCUUUGAGGUGUGGACUAUGACCUUUGUAAAGUUAGUCAUAUAGUAUCUUGAAUAUGUUGCUGUUCUACAGUAUAGUAGAGAAGAAAGAAUGAUAGGAAUGGAUAGCAUGAAAAAAAAAUAGAUCUGAGUAAUGACUAGAUUUUAUAUUUUCAAAGUAAUGGAAGAUCUGCCAUGACUGGUUUUUUCUAUCUCAUAAAGUCCACAAUAUUACUCUUAUUCUUAUUUUAUCAGUCCCUUUUCUCCAAAGAAUUAAACUCAAAGUAACUUACUGUAUUGUCUGUUCCAGUUUACUCUCCAUUCAGUCUCCUCUAUCUUUUAGACUAUUAAAACUACAAACUUUUUUGUUUUAACAUCAUGCCAUUUUUCUCUUUCUCUCCAACGCUUUGUUUAAUGUCCAGCCUGGUGAAGAGUUCUGAAGAAGUGAAAAGCUUCCUUACUAUUUUGUGACAUUUGGUUGGUACUAAGAAAUGUAUUGCUCUACUCUGGAUUUUUCUAUGAACCAACAUGACUAUAUGGGCCUUUUCUAGGAGGAGGAUGCAUGGACCAAUGCUGUAUCUUUGAAGCAAUAACAGUGUGUUCCUAAGCAUGUCUACUCAGAAGCAAGUCCUAUUGAAUUCAGCAGGGCUUACUCCAGGGCAGUGGGGGUUAAGAUUGCAUUUUAAAUAAUCUUGUUAAAAAUAUCAAGUUGUUAAGCACUGUUGCAUAAUGGCCUUUCCAACAAGAAUACAGUAUGGCGAGAAUACACAAUGUAGAUGGGAAGCUGAGGAGCAGAGAGAGAGAAUGGAGUAUGAUGAAUGUGUCUUUAGGACAGUGGAAUGUAGUGUGUUUGGUGCAUUGAUAUGAAAUGUUCUUUGUUUUGGAAGCUACUGCUGGGUAUUUGGGAUACCAAAGGUUGUUUCAGGACUGCUUCUGAUAUAACAUUUUAUGCUUAAAAGUAGAUGUCUUGAACCGUUGAAGAUUUGAAUAUUCCCACAUGGAGACAUUGCAUAGUGAUUAGUCAUCAAUGAACUGCAUCUGUGAACAGAGUAUGACUAGAAUGGAGGAUUAGGAGCCAUUAUAUUUUGAUAAUUUAUUUAAUUAUACAUUAUUCAAUUGACUUGUUUCAUUAAUUUCACUGCUUAUAAUUUUUGAAUAUUAAGUGGUAUAUAAAUACCUGAAAUAACAACAACAACUUAUUUCAUCAGUUUCUAAGCCACUCUUAAUCAAUUAUGAUCUCAGAGUGGUUUGCAGUAAUUUAAAUGUUAAUUAUAAAAUACAAUAUCACAGAAGUAAUUAAAAUAUCAAACAACAAUAAAUAACAGCAGACAGCAGAUGACAUCAGUUGUAGCUGACAUUGCUACAUCAAGUUCCCCCAAAGGACUGGGUGAAGAAGUGUGUUACUAAAAGCCAGGGUGCUUCCAGACUUGUUAUUUUUGGAUGGGAUUCAAUCACAUACUAACAAACUCAGUUUGCACAAUUACAGUUGAUUUGGAGGUCUUGUGCAAGAAACCAGCUUCCUCAAAAGGUCGUACUUUUUGUGAUAAGCAAAGUGAUGAGAAAAUACACUUGCUAUGAUGCCAUGCCGUCUAAUCUUGCAACAACAGACACGAAUGCUUAGUAAACAUUCUCUAAUCUCCCUGCAAACAUAUCAGGGCAAGUGCUCAAAAGCAAGUAAUCUGGUAGUGCCUCCAAACUGUAGCAGUGCCACAUGCAUGUCCAAUGAGAGGGAAUUCCACAAAUGAGGAAGAGGCCCUAUUUUGUUUUAGUGCACAGCACGCUACAACCUAUGGUGGAACAAUGAGAAGAAACAAGCUCCCAGGCCCAAGGCAGGGUGAUAUACAAUAUUUCAACAUAUGAUGCAUUGGGCUGGAAGAAGCCCACAGCAUUCUCUGAUUUCUUCCCCCCCACUGCAAUUUUUAUUAUUUUCUUUAAACAACCAAUGUUACCACACAAAGUUGUUCCAGUUACAAGCUUUUACAAGGCAGAGUGUAGUAUGGAAGCAAAGAAAGUAUGCACCAAGGUAUUAAUGAACACGGUUUGUUCUUGUGCUUGUAAAGAGUCACCUUGUCAAAGGGACCUUGUGCCUUGUGCUUUACCCCACAUCCAGUACGGGCCCCCACAUGACCUCUCCACAUAGAAGAUUGAGAGGCUGGGGGAUACGCAGAGUGUUGACCCUUAUUUCUGCAGAAGAGGUGCAGAUACCAAACCUAUCCUUUUUUGGCAUUCCCCUUAUAACCCUCCUGCAAGAGAGUCCUGAUGUUAUUUAUCCAGGUUUCCAUUAGUGGCUCCUAAGCCUUGAGAAGGCCAUCAGAGUUUUCUAUAGAUCUAUCAAUGUGCUGUAAAGCAUUGAGGCCAAUCGUCUAUCUUUCAGGUUUGAUCUGGUGCACAGGGAUUCAAAAAGUGUAAGGGAGUGUGUGGACUCCCUUAUCUCCUUUACAAGCCAGGUAAGCCACGAAUAAGCAUGCCUGAAUCAGCAGAAACCAUGUAAUUGGUAUCUCCUCCAGCCUCCUUCCUGAUGGUUUGAUGCCUGCCUAUCAAGUCUCAAAUUUUAUAGAUUUUCCCAGGACUCCCAGGACUGGAAUUGCUGAUAUUUAUCCAAGUUUGCUGAUUUUUGUAUUAAUAACUCCCCCCCCUCCAAAUUGACCCCUGUCUGGUUGUGUGCUUUGAACUUUUGAUGGCAAUCACUUCUACCCAGGUGAAGGAAUGGUGAUGUUUGCAUCUAUACAAGUAUGUGAGCCAGGAUUAAAAUCAUUUUGCUGUACUAAUUUCAUACCAAAGUUAGUCUAACAGAAAAAGGACAGGAUAUCUAAGAGCUAACAGAUCUAGUUCAAUUGGGGGGGCAGGGAGAGCACUGUCUGUCUGUGUUUUCGAAAUAAAACUUCUAAGUGAAUGCUGUUUGAUAUGAACAUGAGCAAUUAAUCACAAUUUACAAGUCCAGUAUUAUAUAGCAUGGGCCAUUUAGUAGUGUGAUUCCUUGGAAAACUACACCAUUCCUGGCAGAAUGCAUAAUUGUCGUCUUUUUAACAGAAAGAGGCAACCCUGAGUCAUAUGCCCUUAAAUCAUAUGUGCUUUGGCAUACACAUCAAAGAGCAGGUGGUUCUUUGCCAGUGAAUAAAUAUGUACAGUUUUUGGCAAUGUACAGCUGUAACUUUAUACCUCAACUUCCUAAUGAACGUGUUGGCUCUUCUGGACCAUGCACCUACAUUUGCAGGCUUUUGUCCCUGCUUGCCUGUAUCUCCAUGGCUGCAGUGCCAUUCACAUUUACUUAGGAAUAAGCCUCACCGAACAUGGCGGGACUUACUUUUGAGUGAGCAUGCAGAGUAUUGCCCUGUUGCCAUGAGAGAAGAAGCCCAUGAUGAACCCCACUUAACCAUUCCAACAGCUUGGUCCUGUUUCUUGAUUUCAACUCACUAAUAAUCUGAUAAGCCUCCUAAACAGAGAUGGGGAACUUGUGGUCCUCUAGCUUUUGCUGGACUUGACAUUGGCUUUGCAUGUAGAAGAGGUCCUAGGUUCCAUCACUGGUAUCUCCAGGCAGGGUUAGCAGAGAUGCCUGCCUGAAAUCCUGAACAGCUGCUCCCAGCCAGUGUAGAUAGUACUAAGCAAGGUGGACCAAUGGCCUGCUUUGCUAUAAGGCAUCUUCCUUAUUGUGUAUUUCUAUUUUAGAAUUUGACAGCAAAACAACAACUCACCAGUUUUGUAUGUAAGAAGUGCUGCCUGUCAUAUUGUUUUGUUGUAAAUUCAGAGUGGUGAAAGGGGAAGCACUGAAGCAGUAGGAACAACAGCCUAACCAUGUUUGCUUUUAUUUACUCAGGUACACUAAUCUUUUUCAGAGGAAAGUUGUGAUAGAUUCAAUAUUGUGCUAGAACAAUUCAAGGAAAAUAAUCCAGACGAGUUAUCUUAAAUAAGAGUGAAUUUGUCUUACCUUUCGUGUUUCUCUCCUGUUGAACUUGGCCAUAUAAACAAUCCUUUUGAACUUUCUGUACUUAGAUAUGUCAGCUAUUAGUUAAGUGCCUGCUCCUGCAUGAAAAUGAGCCAUACUUUCCUAAUAUACACUUGAAUGCUUAUUCACAAUGACUGGCAAUGAUUCAUUCAAAAUUAUCUUGUUCUUUUCAGUAGAAAUCACACCGCACAUACCAAUAGUUUUGGAGAACAUCCAUUUUAGCUGCUAAUAAGGCUAGCCCUUCGGCAUAUUGCUUUGUGAAGUUUAGGAAUAAUAAUAAAUUUACCUCUGUUAAAAGUAAACCCUGAGCUGCUAAAGGUCAAAGCAAGCUGAAAGGCAUUUGCAAACACAAUGGUUUCAUAUAAGAGAAACUGACUAAGCACUGCCACUGGCUGACUUCAAGCAAUGUAUGUUCUGCAACCACACAAUAAAUAAACAGGCAACCAGAAGGAUAGGUGUGGUGGUGGGAUGACUGUUUCCAAGUUCUGAGGGGUGAUUGACCAUGACAUCCAUAUGUGGCUGCCAAAUAAGUACAUCAUGAUUCAAAGCAUGGCAAGACUAGCCCUUUGGAAAAUCCAAGCUAAUCUGGGUUUGGUCUCAGCUAUGUGAAGUGUUUUUUAUCAUGCAGUUACUACCACUGAAUUUUAUGUAUAUAUAUAAAACACAUGCAUUCCACAUGCCAUGCUUCUGCAGUCAUAUGUUCGUCUUGGGGCAGGACAGGGCCAGCUCUGGUUUAGUAUAUAAGAUCCCUAUAACUUACAUUGUACUUUUGCACACUGAUUUGCUGGCAAUUGGCAUGGCUGACUGGUGGCAAAGUAUAAGGCUGUGCUCUUGGAUAGUUCACUCCACACAGGAAGGAAACACACAAGGUAGAGGGCACCUCCUACAUAUGUGUCUAAGGAAGUGUUGGUUAUUCCUGCAUUUUCAAUUUACCCUAACAAAGCACACCAUGCAAGUACCAAAGGCUUAAGUUAUUCAAUACACUCCAUGCACUCCGGAGCAUUUGAUUAACGAAAUCAUUAUUUCUGGAUCUUUGCAAAGUAUACAAACCUUCUUUUGUAACUAUGCAUUUCUCCAAGGUGACAGGUUACAUGAAACAAUGUUAGUGUUAUGGUGAUAAUGGCUGCUUUGCAUGAAAUAUCCUGAAGGGUUGCAUAAUUUGUGUGAAAUUGUCAACAAUUUCAGAGGUACUAAGCAAAAUACGUUUAAGAAAUAAUGAUAUUCAACUGGGUUGGCUUCUUUUAAAUCUUGUUGUUUAGUCAUUUAGUCGUGUCCGACUCUUUGUGACCCCAUGGACCAGAGCACGCCAGGCACUCCUGUCUUCCACUGCCUCCCGCAGCUUGGUCAAACUCAUGUUGGUAGCUUUGAGAACACUGUCCAACCUUCUCGUCCUCUGUCGCCCUCAAUCUUUCCCAGCAUCAGGGUCUUUCCCAGGGAGUCUUCUCUUCUCAUGAUGUGGCCAAAGUAUUGGAGCCUCAGCUUCAGGAUCUGUCCUUCCAGUGAGCACUCAGGGUUGAUUUCCUUAAGAAUGGAUAGGUUUGAUCUUCAUGCAGUCCACGGGACUCUCAAGAAUCUCCUCCAGCACCAUAAUUCAAAAGCAUCAAUUCUUCGGCGAUCAGCCUUCUUUAUGGUCCAGCUCUCACUUCCAUACAUCACUACUGGGAAUUCAAGUAAGAGCUGAACUUGCAGAAAAAACAGGAGCAAAAGUUUGCUGUUUUAAGGCAUGAGUAAUCUUAAUGCAGGUAAAAUGGAAGGAAGGUUUAGAAUGGUAUUGGUCACCCCUUUGCAAUUGGUCACCCCUUGCUUUUUCCUGUAAGACCAAUUGCAGUCAUUAACAGUUGUCAACAGGUUUACCACACCUAUCAGCCAAUCACCCAUUCCCACCACCCUUCUGAGUAAUACCCCUCCCCACCCAAAGUGUGCAUGCACACGAAAACUCAUAUCAAUAACAAACUUAGUUGGUCUCUAAAGUGCUACUGGAAGGAUUUUUUUUAUUCUGUUCUGAGGUGUGUGCGUGUUUUUUAAAGAUGUUAGGACCACCUUGCUAACAUUACAAAAGAUGUAAUGACUACCACCACAAAUGUUUUGCCUCCCUUGACACACACUUGGACCCUCAAACCAUUUGGACUGCAUAAUUUCUUCUUACAAUGCUUAUUUGCAGAACAGCAAACAUGGGCAAAUCAGGACCAAAAUCAUGUUGCUUUCAUAGUCUAAUUGGUUUUCAUCUGGAAGAUCUUUCAAACUAUUAUGCCCUAGUGUUCAUUGUCUAGCAUGAGAAAAUGUUUCCCCACUUAUCUGACCACCUGCUGCCAUUGCUUAUAAUGUUUGCAAGGUGAUGCUUUCUGUUUUCCUCCCACACAGAGGAAGCAGUAAGGAGACAAAAGCUCAUGGCUUGAAUACAAUUGUUUGUUCCAAUAUAAACAAGCACAAAAAUACCUCUCAGAAUAAACCAGAACAUUUUCUUCUUUUCUCCGUAAGCCCAAAGCCAACUCUAAAUUUUUCUUCCAAAGUUCCAUAUAUCAUUGUGACUCUCCUGCUCAAGAAUGAAAUUGGAAGCUGCAAUUAAUGGAAAGGUCAAAUUACACUUUUUGAAAACCAAUUAAUUGCUCCCCCCCACAAAUCAUUGCUUUGCAUUUUCCACCAGCUGCAGUCAAACGUUUUUACACCUGUUCAGAGUAAGAUUUGGUAUCUUUCUUCAACUUGUCUUUCUAACUCCAAAGCAAUUUGGAUCAGUGCAUUUGAAUGGAGUUCAGCUGUUUGAAGAAUAGCUGAGAGAGGCUGUUUAACUUUUUCCCAGGUUUAGGGACAGGGUAGUAAAAAUGUGACAAAUGAGGGAUAGGAUAUUUGUUAAAUUGGACAAAAUAAAAGGGAAGGAAAUUCAUCAAAGACUAAGAAGUGUGCAUAGUUUGUGGCCAUUCCUUCGCUAUAGCAUCUUCAAGUGGUGCUUGGACUAGGACCAUGUUGUUCUUUGGAAAUGCAUGGAAGCAAAGUGAAACGUGAUUGAGCUUCAUCUUAUUCUUUGAAAGUUGGCAUCCACCACCUAAUUUUGCUUGUGGUGAGUGCUGGGUCAAUGUAAAAGUGCCACCCUACUGAAAGUGGUUGUUGGUAUAUUGUUAUGGGAAACAUUAUUGAUAACUUACAAUUGUAACCCCUUAUAGGACUACUGUAUCACAUCAGAUACUCAUACUGUUUAUUUACUAAAAAUUAAUUGUACUGUGUAUCCAAUAAAAUGAAUGGUUAUGGAUCAUUUUCAUAAAUGUUCAUCUUCCAGUUUGAUUUGUUCUGUCAAAAUCACUGGGAUGUUCUUGCUAAUCAUAUGGCUCAACAUUUCCAAGUUCUAGGUACUAUGCACUUGUUGUAAACACAUGAAUAUUUUUGUAAUGUUCUGAGGUUUGUGGUGCUGUGAACUUGCCUGUGUGUGGCUUGCAUGAGAACCCAAAAUGACAUGAAUCAGUGCAGCUCAUAAGUAACAUUAUCAUUUCUGUAAGACUUCCUCACCACAGGAAGAAAUUCAUCCUCUCUCUACCAACCAUGAUGAUAUUAUGAGGACUACUCCUUUAGAUGAGUUAUAUCCACUUGUAAUGUGAAACUAUUCAGCUGUGGCAUUUAGAGAGGUGGCAUGGUGGUAUUUAGGCAUUGUCCGGUUUUUGGUAAACCGUCUGAGGUUUGAGGUUUUUACUCUUGCUACCAGUAGCUGAAUUCUAAAUGUACCAAUUUUGCCUUCUUGUUUUUCAGAAAGACAAUCUGAAAACUGUUCUAUGCUCUUAUCCCUUUAGAAAGAAGCUUCCAUUUAUAAUAAAAACAAAUAAAUUAUUAUUUCUCUAAGAACAUUUACCACAUUUGGCACCAUCCAUCAGUGUUUCGCUCUUGUGACAUUUCCCUGCAUUUAAGUGGAACUUUCACUGGAGCAGCUCUGUUGGACCAUGCUCAGAAAUGUGCAGUUUUCCUAUUCUGAUGUAAUUAGAACUUUUCUGUGAUGCUGGGAAAAAACCCAAGAUGUGACUUAACUUUCAUCCUUUGCCUGCACCACAACAGAUACCAGAUGGCAUCCAGGAGAGAAAAAGAGCAUAAUAACCCUCUUCUAUUUGUGUGAAGUGACAACAUUAAAACUUUAGCAUAGCUGGAGAAGUUGUGUGCAUGCAAGGCUCCUCUUGGUGUCCACAAUCUUAGUGUUUGUGAAGAGAAGGCAGCUGUAAUUGUUCUAUGGUUGCUACAUUGUGGCUUGGGUAUGCCAGAUAAUUCUGAUGAAAACAGAAGCAGAAAUUUUCAUUGUUCACUUAUUUUGCCCUAUGUCAGGAACAGAAACUAAUCCAGCACUGGUCCCCACCCAUCACCCCUAGCCUGCAAAUGAAACUUAAUCGAUGACUUUUUCUGCAUUUAAACUGCUUUUGCUUUCAAGAAAAUGAAUGAACAGUGAGAUGAAUAACAGACUGUUUGGUAGAAAUUGAAGUGUAGCAGAACAGAAACAACACUGAUUGUGAUGAAGACAAGUCAGAAUGAGGGGUGCAUCUGGGUGCACAGCUCAGCGGGCCAGCAGCGCGGCCCCUGCCUGGCCCAGUGCCAUGGGCACGGGGGAAAGGAUCGAAUGGGAAUCGCUGUCUUCUUACAUCCCUGGGCCUGUGGUACUUACGAUUAUGGCACCUGCUUUGCUUCCACACCCAUUCCCAAUUCCAACCAUUUAUGCAUUAGAUAUACAUUACAUAACAUAACAUAGCUAAGCUGUCCUAGAUGCUAUGGUGGGACAAAUUAAAUGCCUGGCUGUCAUGUUCCAUGAGACAUGUAACAUGCAGUUCUAGCUGAACAUAUAGAAUAGGUUGGUUUCUUGUAUCACUGCCCUAAUGCUGCUUUAACUUCACAGUGUAGUAUAAUUUUGGAGGAUGUUGACUGAUUGCUGUUUACCCUCUUGGUUGAUUAAGAACUUCCAAAGAACAUAUUUAAUGUGUGCCCUGUGUGUACACAUAGUGUACAGUAAACAUGUGCUGUACACAUCAUGACAACAUGUCAGAGCUGUGAUCGCGUAGACUGGGCAGAAUUGUGCAACUUCUGUCGGCUGCAAUUUGAGUUCACUCUGAAAAUCUUCAUCAUCAAUCAUUCAUUUGUUGCUAAUUAAAUCAGCUCUUGGAAUGAUUGUGUUGGAGUCACCAGGGCCAGCUUCAUUUCAAGUAAAAGUAAUUAAAAGCACUACUUCUGUUUGCAUGAGUGAAGAUAAGCAAUGUGAAUUGGUGUAAUAAGUAUAUAUAUAUUGACGGCUAUUAUCUCUUCUGUUCUAGGUAUUAUGUGUCAUUGUGCUAACAACAAUCCUGGGAUGUAUAUUUGGGCUGAAACCUAGCUGUACAAGAGAUGGUAAGUAAUGAAGAAUGCUAAUAUAAGUAGCUGAGUUUCUUUAGAUAUAAAAGGUUCACCUUGCAUUCAUUAGGUACACAGCAUCCACUAUUGGUUCUGCCCAUUUUCCCAUUUAUGAAUCUUUCCAUUUGUCAUAAAAAUUCUGUAACAGUCUUGUCGUAAUACAAUUUUUGAAUGCAAAUGAUAAAGUUUUUAUUAGGCCUGUCACCCAGUUAAGGAAAUCUUAGUUAAUUAAAUGAGGGAUUCAGUCAGAUAGGUGCACUUGUGGGAAUGGGUACAAUGAAUCCUGCUAGAGCAAUGAGGCUUUCACCCCCUUGCUCUGUGCCCCCAAAUUGGCUUGGGGGGUUGGAAGAACCCCCAGGACCACACAGAGGUAGGGGAGGAGAGCCUGUUCCAUCGGGCAAGCAGAAAUGCUUGCAUUUAUGGAACAAUCAUAAUUGCAUGACAUUAAAUUCCACUCAAAGGCAAGUGAAAGUCAGACUGCCAUCCUAUGAAGUCCCUUUCCAUAAAGCCCAUGUACAGUGACUAAUACAUUGUGUUUAUAUCUGUGGUUCUCAUGUUGGUUAUGUUUCAUGCAAAGGCUUCCACAUUGCUUUGCCAAUGGUACACUUAACAUACUGCAGAAAAGGCAAACAUACCAAACUUGCAUUGUAUGCUAAAUGAGCCGUUUGAGGAAUUGCAUGGGUAGAAAUAUUUAUGUGUGUCACAUGAAGGAGACGUUUUAGUCAGCAGAUUUAACAAUUUUCCUACUUCUAGGCCAGUGCAGAGCCCAGGGACAUCAUUUGAGUUCUGCUUUCAGUUGUGGGUAGGGCUGAGGUUAGCAUGAAAUGGAUUACUUUUAUCAUUAUCGCUGGUGGAAAUGGCAUAUUCUAUUGCUUCUGCACAGAUCCAUUGAGCUAAGUUUUCUGAUGAGGAAGAAAAACUAAUCAAAACAGCAGUAUUGAUGCACAAUCUCUAUUGGUUGCAGUGGAAGCCUGUUGGCUCAUGUCUGCCCCUCAUAUAUUUCUUCGCAGACUGCUCGCCAUCCAGGCACAAUUCCCACAGUACUUUUUGUUAGACUAAGAAUUAGUGAAGGGUAUCUAUUUUUUCAUGCAAAUUUACUCCUGGGUCCAUGAUGAAAUGUUAAUUAAUGUAGUAUCAAUGUUCAAUUGCUAACAUCAAGUAAAUAUGAAACAUUUCAGUCAAAACCUGCAAAGGCCGUUGCUAUGAGAGAACAUUUGGAAGUUGCCGCUGUGACAAAGAAUGUGUUAAACUUGGAAACUGCUGUUUAGAUUUCCAAGAAGCCUGUAUAGAACCGGGUAAGCAUCACUUUUUUGUAUAAAAUUUGUUCCCGUUCUUGAAGCAGCUUAGCAUGUGGGUGAGCUGGGAGACAUGAACCAGCUGCUGUCCUGUUACAGCUGUCCCAUUGCCAUUUCAAACCAGUCUGAUCAAAACACUCUGCAUUUUUCCUAAACAAAAUGCUGCUUCUAAGACUGCAGUGGUUAUUGAUGCUGUUCCAUGAAAGUGCUUAGACAUUUUAGAAAAUGACAGAGUCUUCUGCAGGCAAAACAACUCAAUUACUGCAUACAAGGACUAGGUCAGAUGUCCCUGUAUAUUGCUGGUCCCUCAGACUAUCUAAAGAUUAGUGGUAGAGGGAAUGAACUGGAAGGUAGGAGUGGUAGAUGGGGAAGAAAGGUGUGCUGAGUUCUCUCUCCUACCUAUUACUUUCCCCCUUAAGUCCUCUCCUCUGAGCUAUUUCUCACCACCUGUGGUUCCCAUAUAUGUUUUUGAAAUGGCUGGGGCAGGAAAGUGCACCUGAACAGGUUUCAGGCAAACAUCUGGCUUCUGCUUUCUCCCUUCAAAACAUGCCUCACAACUGCCAGCUCAUCUGAUGUUUCCAGAAGUCUGCCACCCAAUGCCUAGCUCGUCCCUAAUACUUGACUCACAGAAAACACUAUACAGUGGUACCUUGGUUUAAGAACAGCCCUGUUUAAGAACUAUUCGGUUUAUGAACUCCGCAAAACUGGAAAUAGUAUCCCAGUUUGCAAACUUUACCUCAGUCUAAGAACGGAAUCUGAAUGGUGGAAGGGUACUGGUGGCAGGAGGGAAAGUGCGCCUCGGUUUGAGAACAGUUUCGGUUUAAGAACAGACUUCUGGAACGGAUUAAGUUUGUAAACCGAGGUACUACUGUAUCCUAUUAAUGUCAUGCCUUCUUCCCACCAUGGAAACCUAUGGGUCAUUACUACUUUGCUAAGUUUCACUAGCAGUUCUGUGAAAGUCAGUGGGGAUGCAUGAAAACUAAUACAAAUUUAAUGUUGUUGUUUUUUGUUUUGUUUUUACUGAUAAUUCAGACUGAUGCCACAUCAGCAAGGUGUAGUGGUUUUGUUCUCAGCAUGAAUAGGAAGUUGUAUCCUGACUUGAAAGGGAGCUAAACCAUAAAGGCAGUUUAACACUUUUUUCCUGUCAUGUUUCAGGAAUUUAGAAUUGUAUGGAUAUCAGGCCUGGCAUAGGAAACGCCAAAGCCACAAUGAUUUUCCUGUUCCAGAGCUCCUCUUUCUUUCUUUGAAGCAGCACUCUGCUAAUCCAGGAAUUACAGUGAUGAAAUGUCAGGGGCAUUGUGGAGAACUAAAAUAGCAGCCCCUGGCACUCCUCUGCAGGAGUCACCUGCACCAUUCUGGGGCUCUUUGUUUUUCUCCUUCUUGGUGCUCCAUUGAGUGCUGGGAACAAGUAAAAGAAGUAAGGCUCUGGGGAGCCCAGAGUAGUGCAAAGAGUGGUGCUUCUCUGUUGACUGCUUCCACUGUAGCUGCCUGCGCGCUCAAAGUAACAUGAGCUGUUGUACUGCACAGUUGCUUCCUGCUGAUAGUUCUGCCAUCCCCAUCUUCCCCAGAGGAAUGCAAGCAGUGGCUCUUCUAAGCUGCAAGGUGGAUAGGCAAAGAGAAAGCAUCUUCUGGGCAAGGAGUGGAGAAGAUGAUGAGUGGGGAGGAGCUGCUGUCUGUGCUACUGUGAGCUGCCUGUGCUAGCAAUGGAAGAAAAGCAUGGUUGCCUUGUACUACUCUGGGUUCCUCAGCCCCAUAUUGUUUUCUUUCUUUCCUGAUAGUCAGUGGAGGGCUGGAAGUCAAAUGAAAACAAAUUAAACAGGCUUCAGGAUUCAGAAUAGCAUAGAAGGUGGCCUUUUCUUUUGGUGUUGGUUGCUCACCAAUGGUAGCAGAGGUGGUGACUUCUACUACUUUGUACCCAGGCCCCCAUCUGCUAGUUAAGGCUGCUAGGGAUUGGGGGGGGGGAUCAUAGACAUGGAGGUUUCCAUAGGGGGCACCUUGCCAACAACCCCUAAACCUGGAGUUAGACAUAUGGAGAAGAUAUUAAAAUGACUAGCUUUUAUAAAGGCAACAUCUACGAAAGCGCCAGCAAAGAAACGACGGCUCCUUUGAUUUGUACCCAUAUAAUUGCAUUCAGAUAUCCUUCUACACAAUACCCAGUUCAGCCAUAAUUAACUAAAAGUGGAGUGGGUUCCAUGAAUUUGCAGGUCAUAUAUGGAACUGUACCAAAUUUCGGUGUGGGGAGAAGAACCGGCCAGAGUACCUCUGCUCCUGUUCAGAAGACUGUGUGAAAAAUAACAACUGCUGUGUCAAUUAUUACUCAGUGUGUGAAGGUAAAAUAUUAUGUUUGUUUUAUCGCUGACUGGUUAAAAGCUGUGAAAGGGAAGUAUUGGACUGGGUUAUUUGCUCUACUUGGUCAAGGUAUUGAUAGCUGCUUUGAUUUGAAAAAUCUAAGGAAACCUAUCCUUGGCUGAGAUCCAAUGAGCUACUGUUGCCACACUUGGAGUUGUCAAGCACAUAGACACUUUAUGGGGGAAAACAACAACAACUCUUAUGUCAGGUAGCUUGUGCUUGAAAAACAAUAAAUAAGUGUGGCAAAUUAUGCCCAAUAUUCAGGAGAUUCAGGCAGGCUCCAUCUGGAGUCUAUUCUGGUUCUUCCUGAUCUAGGGCUGCCACAGACUCCACAACAGCAUUCUGGCAGUCAUAGGAAUUGCCCAAAGGAUUUGGGCACAUUCUGUUGGGUUUUGUUUUCUCUCCUUCAAAAAUGGGCUUGCUAUCUGGAUUUGGAGGUGCCGCUCAAGAAUCACAAUCCCACCAGUUAAGUGUAGCUGAAGAAUCCUUUUAAUCUUGACUCCACCCCCACCCCCCCAGACCAGUCUAGAUGUAAUGGGGCCAACCAAAUAAUUUUAUCACUCACAGGUCUCCACCGUUCACAUAUGGAACAGGGACUUUUGAUGAAGCAUUUGAUUUUCACCUCAAAUGCGGAGCAUGGGUGGCGGCGGAUGAACUUUCCACCAUCCCUAUCCUUCUGGCAUGUGUUUCAUUGUUUCAGCCACUUUUCAUGGUCUGACUCACCAGCAGUAGCUGCAUUGGCCUAAGAGAAAAAUAGCUUGAGCAGCAGAGUUUGAAGGUGCAGCAUGGGAAUGGGCAUAAGUCCCAAGACUGCUCCUAUAGCUAAUAAUAAUAAUAAUAAUAAUAAUAAUAAUAAUAAUAUGGGAAGCAGCAGCCAUCAGGCCAGCUCUGCUGGAAUAAGCACUUUGAAGAUUACUGCUUAUUAUCUCGGGGGAGGGGGGUUAAAAAGAAAUGCUGUCAAUAUUCAAAAUGAUGUUUUCUUAAUUGCUGCUAUUAUGAGUAUUUAGGGUUGAGAUACAAGGUGUAGCUUAGGUGCACACUCCCACACGAUUAUUAUUUUAAACCUUUUUUUUUAAAAAGAACUGCGGAUCCCAUCUUAAAUUGCUUUAAAUUCCUUUGGGGGGCACUUUUUAUGGGGUAUGGGAACAGCUUCAGUAGCAGAUGGGACACCACCACUUCUCCUGACCUCCAGUUGAGCACAUCUCUGCUACAUACUAGGAGAUAGAGUGGAAGAUAGUGGUGAGGUCAGUGCAGUACAAACACACCUGCAGAACCAAUCUGACAUUCCUGCUGGUGCAUUUGUGCCAUGCCAAGCUCCCUGUUGCUUGGCCCUUCCUGUGCCAACCUCCAGAUAAGCAGCAGCAAUAUGACGGACCAGUGGGUAGGUGAGUAGGGGAAGGGCAACAUACCAUCUGCGAUUGGCAGCUUCUUCAAGAAACAGAAGCCCCAAUCCCACAGUUCUUUGGCUCCCAACCUAUAUCUUAGAAUGAGUUCCUAGAAGUUGUACUCCUAAUUUUUUUUUUUUUUUAAAAGAAUGCAUUAAAUGACCAUGUUGAUGGGUUUCAAUUUCAGGAAAUGCAUUGCUUUUAACUUACCAUACUUGCAUAUCAAGUCAGUUUUUCCCUUUCAAAUAACAGAAUGCUACUAGUGCUACUAACAAUUGAAUAAUAUACUGAUAUCCUUCUUUUUGAAAAUAAGGAAGGACAAGCUGGCUUGAAGAAAAAUGUGAGGACUUAAAUGAACCCCAGUGCCCAGAAGGGUAAGAAUCAGUAUAUCUUUUGCAUCUUUCUAAAAAAGAGAGGGUGCUGUGGCACUGUAAAUCUUUCUGUAGUGGUUGUGCAACAAUGUCUGAAGGUGUCACAUUCUCUCAUCCCUGCCAUCCUUCCUGACAUAAGUUUCUCUCUUCAUAUAUAUUAGCCUUGGCAUUGGCUCCCUGCUCAUUUCCUGGCCCAGAUUCAUGUUCACUGAGGCUGAUGGAAGCUGGACAUCUGAACAGCCAUCAAUGAACAGCCACCUAUGCUUUAAACCAUUCUUCCAGAUUGAUCCUUUCCCAGUUUUCCAUAAUUUUUAAAUGAGAUUAUGAGGAUUGAGCUGUUCAUCAUAAAGCUUGGCCCAGACUGGUUGUAUUCAGACUUUUUGUGCUCCAGCUAGAAUUAGUCAUUGCUCCCACAAGCAUAAACACAAAUGUUAGUGGAAGAGACCCAGCUAAAGUUAGACACAUUAAUCCCAUGGAUUCCUGUUGGAUUUCUAGUAGGGCAAGUCUCACUUUGUUCAAGGGGACUUAUUUCCAAGUAAGUGCAUAUAGGAUUGUUGCCUGAAUAUAUAUAACUUGGACUGGAUCUUACCUACUGAGAAUCAAAAGAGCAGCCGAGAAGGAAUCAGUAUCACAUUUGGAGGUGUUUUGCCCUUCUCGGCAUAUGAUAUGGGCCAGUUUAAAUGAUAUAGCCAGUUAAAAUAAAUAUUCAACAAAUUCCCAUCCCACUCUGCAUCCCAAAUGAGCCCAGGGUGCAAACAUAAAAAAGUCAAAACAAUACAAUUUAAAGCAAAACAAAAUAUAUUUAAAACAAUUUAAAGACCAACUGAAACAUUUCAAAACAAUUUUUAAACUAUCUAAAAAUAUUUAGGAUAUCUAAGAACAUUUAAAAGCAAUCACAUACCCUCACAGUUGCUAAUUUUCAAAGUUGCCAAGGCUAGUGUUUUUCAGCCAUCAAAUGUAUUUCCUGGAGUGUAUCUCCUGUUUACAAGUCUGGUGUCAGAGGCAUGCAUGUUCUCAGUGACAGCAGCUAACCCAAGUCCACUCAGUGUGAGAAAAGUCAUUGUCAUUUUGUAGAGCAAGGUAGUGCAAUUUGAUAAGCUCUGACUGAAGUUUUGCUUUGCCUCUUUUUCUGGAAUGGAGAAUCCUGGUGUUUUGUCUGGAUGCGUUCUCAAUGUUUGUGAACACUGUAAACAAGGCAAAGCUAUCAAUCUUCUUGGACAUAACAGUCACUUAUAUGAGGCAAACUGAUUGACAUAUGACCAAAGGGAAACAGUUUGGAUGAGUAGCGUACUAUAUUUAACUUGAGGUUUUUCUUGCCAAUGCCAAACCAGAAGACAAUUUGCAAAAAGAAACAAGUUACUUCCCAACCUGUUAUUUUAAAUUGGCUAGACAUUUCAUUCAGUUAAAAAAUUGGCACUAGGCAUUGAUUUGAAGCUCUUAUGCUGCCUGAGGAAUAUAACCAAAAAAGAUUUUAUAUAUAUAUAGAGAGAGAGUGUGUGUGUAAACUAACACUUCAGGCUUAGCCAUUUUUCUCAGAAGUCCUACUAAUUUCAGUGGAACAUUAAAACAACCUUGCUGAUCAGACCAAAGGACCAUGUUGUCCAGCCUCCUUUUCUCCCAAUGGCCAACCAGGUGUCUCUGGGUUGUCCAUAAGCAGGACAGAAGCCUAGUACUCCCCUCCCAUUUGUGAUUCCCAGCAGCUAGUAUUCAAGACACUCCACUUCUGGCACCAUAGCUAUCAUGGCUAGUAGCCAUUGAUGAAUCUUACCUCCCACCAAAUGUGCUUCAGAGAACAGCCUUACCACAAUAAAAUCUGCUGCUAUUUAGAUGUUUCGUUGACUAUAAAAUAAACUCUAGUAUGGAACAAAGAGCAUGUGUGUGGAGGUGCUAUCCAACUUGCAAAAGAGAAAAGGAAUGAUGGCUAAAAACUAAACAGAAGACAAUCAGCUGCCUGCUGAAAAGUAAAUGCACAACAUUCUUAUAGAAAUAUGAGACUUCUGGGUACUUAACCCCAAUCCCAAGGAUAUUCUCUCAGCCUUUGUUUGUGUUUUGUGCCCAUUUUUUUUUGAGAUGACAGGUUUAGAACAGAUUUGGUGACGCUCAUAAGAAAAGUACGGAACUCCUUUCACACUUUCUUCAGAAAACAUUGGUACAUUUCAUCACUACAUUUGACUUAGAGAGGUUGAUCAUUAAGCCAAAUCCACAGCUAGCAGCAGAAAACCUGCCUGAAGCACCUCUAUCUUAUUAAACACUCCUCUCCAAUAGAGGGUACUUUGGUAUAUAGCGAAUACCUAGGUAAACUUAAAAGAUCACCCAACUAUUUUAGCUAAAUGUGUCAAGUCCAUCAAAACUAAUGCAGUCUCUUAUUUUUGCAUCCUGUUCUUACAGAUCCCCAGUGAUCGAGAUUCUUUUAAUUAAUUAGCUUACCCAGUGCCCAACCAGUUCCGCAGGUUUCCCAGACAUUUUUCCUAAAUCUUUCAGGCUCCAGUCUGAGCUCAUUACAGCAUCUCUUAUAUAAACAUCAAGUGAUUACCAUUCUCUUUAAUGACAACCCUUUAGGAAUGCCAUUCCCCAUCACCACUCCUCACUGUCCCUCCAACAAUGUGAUUGUAUUGUAAUAUUAAGGUUUUACAGGGACUGAUUUCUGUAUGAAUGUAUUUUUUUUACUAGUUAUUACUUGCAAUAUUUAUUACUUCUAAUGAUAACCCUAGUUUAAAUUAUAUGCUUUUAACAUAUCAUUUCCACUGCACUAUAUGAUACUUGGAUAUAUUUAUUAAAUUAUAAUUAACAAUAUGUUAUUGUUCUAUAUUUAUUUGAUUUCUGUGCCUUGUGGGUACCAUUCUUUCUAAAAUGUGGAAACUAACUUUACGAAGCAAAUAAAUGGAAAGGUCUCAUUGUAGUUACCAAGGAGAUAAAUGAACUUUCCAGCAUAUUUAUUGCACUAGAGUUGCCUUUGGCUAGGCUCCCGGCAACAUUUUUUGUAGCAUAUGUCAUUAUGCUCCUUGCUAUGUAUUCAGCGCUCUUUCGUCUAGAUCAGGGGUCAGCAAACUUUUUCAGCAGGGGGCCGGUCCACUGUCCCUCAGACCUUGUGGGGGGCUGGACUAUAUUUUGAAAAACAAAACAAAAAUGAAUUCCUAUGCCCCACAAAUAACCCACAGAUUCAUUUUAAAUAAAAGCACACAUUUUUUGUCAUGUAAAAACACCAGGCAGGCCCCACAAAUAACCCAGAAAUGCAUUUUAAAUAAAAGGACACAUUCUACUCAUGUAAAAACACGCUGAUUCCUGGACCGUCCGCAGGCUGGAUUUAGAAGGCGAUUGGGCUGGAUCCGGCCCCCGGGCCUUAGUUUGCCUACCCGUGGUCUAGAUGUUCAGUCUUUUCACACAAUGAAAAAGGGUUUGGAGGUAUACCUUGAAUUUAUCUAAAUGUGUGGCUUUUAAAAAUUAGAAUUGGUGAGAUUGGUGCCUGUCAAGGUGUCAAACAAAUUGUGGAGCAGGUGACUGAGGGCUGCUGGUUCCUGCCCUCACCUUUGCGUCUCUGCUGGCCUUUCAAAGGAUCCUGGGUCACAGGGAAGCAUAAGCAUAUAGAGUGGCUCUCCUCUUCAGACUUUCCCUUCAAUCUGUAGACAGCAGGGACUUGAUGGCAUGUGUGGGGUCAUUGGGUGUGGUCCCGCUCUCUUAUUUAUGAGCACAUGGGGGAGAGCACCCAAAGGGGCGUAAAGAGUACUUGGAGAAAGAGUGAACAGCUAAUAAAUUCUUGCCUUUAACUGUCUCAUUUCUAAUUGCUCAGGUUUUCAAAACCUCCACUGUUGCUGUUUUCCUUGGAUGGAUUCAGAGCUGAGUAUUUGCACACAUGGGGUAGACUUCUUCCUGUUAUUAACAAAUUACGUGAGUAGCUUCUCUGUCUGAGCCACAGCAUGUUGAUCUAUUAAGAAUGUAAUAAUAAAUCUAAACAGUGCUUUCCCCUUGAACAUGUUGUCUGCUCUCAUGAGCUUCUCACACUUCCCGUAAACUCAUUUUGACCCAAAUGAGGGUGGCAGUUUUAUAGCGGCUGAUGAGUCAAAAGACAAGAGAGACUUUGAUGAAGCCAAGCCUGGAUUCUAUGAAGGGCAGGCAUGAUUAGACAACUGUUACUGUGGCUGGACUGCGAUCAUUUUGAAAGUGACCACAGUUCAAAACAUGGAAAAAUUUGGCGAGACAAGACUUUUGGACUCUUAAGGAGUUAGUAUUGGGGAUGAGGGCAGAAGAAUGUUAAAAAUAGAAUAUAGUCAGCAAGAAUUUCAGUUGACUUGAUUUUUUAAAAAAAAUAAAGCAGCAACUCACACAACAAAUGCCCAACACAUGGUUUAUUUAUUUGAAUUUCAAGGUGGGAGAGUUGGGGGGGUGGAGAGACAAGACAACCCCUGCUUUUCCCUCUAGCCCCCUGUACCUUCUGUAAAUCUGCUCCAGAAGGGUGGCUGGGAAUCUCCAGAAUACAAAGGAGGUAGCAAAAGGGGAAGAGGAAUUGGUGGAAACCACUGUCAUCCCUCACCUCCAGCGGGGGCUUCUGCCAGAUUGAAGUGAGCCAAACAAGCCUGUUUUAAAGCUGUUAUAGGUAAAGCCUAUGAUUUUAGUCCAGAAAGUCCUGUAUGUAAACAGAAGGCAGUUUUGCUCACCUAAAUUGUUCCUGUUGACUUCUCUUCCUGUUCCCCUCUAUCUGUCCACCCUGCUUUAGUGCCUGUGUCCUAUCUCAUCAGGAGCAGUGGGUGUUCUUGUUUUGCGGUGUGUGUGUGUGUUAUAGAAAGUUGCAGUGGGGAGAUGGAAAGCUCCAUUGUGCGUGAAAGCUCCAUUGCACCAGUAUACUUGUGCUUGCAUAUCUCUGGAUCAAAUCCAUUAUGCAUAGUGGUGUGUAGCACUGCAAGAGCUAAGUCUAUGCUGUGGUAUGCAGCAUACUAAGAAAACAAUGGGGCAUUGAUUGACUAUAUAAAAAUUCAGGGGGCAGAAUUAGCCUGUAACUUAGCAACAUAGUAAUUCCGUGGCAGUUCUUUGUUUAAAUGUUUAGAUAUCUAAAAAGUUGUAAAGAGAGUGAGAGACAAGUGCUUAGUGGACAUGUUUUGGCAACAGCACAGUAUUUCUAAUUUUACAAUAAUGUAAGCAUUUAUGCUGAAUUAGCUUGCUAAUCAGAACAGGGAACAGGUACAAACACAUGCACACAAACCAGUUUCUAGAACAACUUUCUUUUGCUAUGUUUAUUAGCUACAGCUGUCACAUAAACACAGGCUAAGUUCAUUUGGAAGGUGACAUGAUGUAGCAUUGGUCUAAAAACUCUAAAGCAAAAGUAGUCAGUGUGGUGCCCUCCAGACUCCUGUCAUCCCUAACCAUGGACUAUGCUGCCUAAGGCUGAUGGGAGUUGGGAGUCCAAUAACAUCAUGUUGGCCACCCUGUUCUGAACCUUUGAGCCUGUAGCCUCCUAUCAUUCUGAGACAGAGGGGAUGUUGGAUACUUUAAUUUUGAGAUGAAUAUUUUCCGUGAGCUGAAUUAAAGAAGCAAAAUGUUUGCAUCUCUAGUUUCUGAAAAUCUCAUUUAUUUGAAUAUACAGUAAGGAAUGACCUUGUGGAUUUGCCUAGGAGGGUCAGCUGGACUUCUUUCAAGUCUUACCUAAUGCUUCCUCACCCUUCUUAAUAGUAGUGGGUUGUAGGGUAGCAGCGCUUACCUGAAGGGAGAAUGGGAGGUACAAGGCUGUGGCGAGGCCAGCACAGUGCAAACACGCCAGCAGGAUCUGGUGGCAUUGAUUCCUCUGCUGGAAGGUCAGGCAAGUGCCAUCACCCUGCUCUGCCAUCCACUAUUGCUCCUUAACCUGAAAAGCCCAUAGUGUGAAAAGAGUAUGAGGAGUGAAGGAAUAAGGUCAUGGGGCCUAAUAAAAGCCCAGAAGGACUCCUAUCAAGGUACCUUUCAUUUGACCACGAUUACCCAUUUCAGAGUGGCAAUGAAUGGCAUGUUACUUUAAUAAAUGAGAUGAGAAGUGCAUUCUUUAGAAUGUGUUUAUGGUAGUAAAAGUUCUGGAGAUUAUUUGUUUUCUUUUUAAGUUAGCACUAGAAACCAAAGACUGUCUCUGUAGAUUUCUAAAGAUUUAGUUUAUUGAUCCAGCAAUGUAGAGUGGUCAUAAACUGAAAACCACAAGAGGCAGGACUCUAAAGUGGAAAACUGUUAGCGUCAAAAGUUCCUAUAUGAUGUUUACUCUCUUUAUGUUUAUGAGGGUCAGUUGACGCAUUCAUAUUGCUAUGUGGUAGCGAUUUGCUAUACAGCAACAAAUUGCUAUACGGUUGUGGUUGUCUGGGAGGAACUCCCCAUGGCUCCCCCAGACAGUUUAUGUGAAUAUAGUUGCCACUCGUUGUCACCGCAAGCCAGUUGUGCUCCAACCAGCUACCAAUCUGUAAAUGCAGUAAAGUUUGUAAACUUUGUAAAGUAUUUGUAUGAAAAAAUAUAUUAUCUGUCAAUGUGGCAUUGUUAGACAAUUCUAAUUUUAUUUUGCUUCCUACAAAAGGAAAAUGUGGAACAUACGCUCAUGGCAUGAGACCAGUGUAUCCAUCAAAAACAUUUCCCAAUCAUUACAGCAUUGUCACGGUAAGAGCAUCUUGGGAUUCCUACACACACACACACACACACACACACACACAAAACCUAUGGAGGAAGAAAGUGGAUUUCAUUCUAUUUCAUUUUCAGUUCAUAUCAUUAGUAACAGAGCUGUUGUACAAUAUUGCAGUCAGCACGUUUUAAGAGAAUUUUGGCUCUCAAGUUCCAUUGCUUGUUAAUAGUGUAAGGAUUCUUGUGGGAAACAGAAGGAUAACUGCAGAAAAUGCAUAAUGCAAAUGUGUACCUGUGAAAUGCCUAGAUGCUAAUACCAAGGAGGCAGACCAGUUCAGAGAGGUGGGCAGGGGCGGAGGAGGAAGAAAUUAGUUGCUUGCCUAAGGCAGAGCUUUCAUGUUGCUUUGUGCAUGAUAGCUGACGGAGACUAAAAGGGGUAGUUAAUGAAUCUCGUUAUCCUUUUGCUAAUAACUAGCCAUUCUCACAGUCUCAGGAAGUGCCUGGUGACUGCUUCCCUCAAAUUCAGAUUCCUCAGUCAAUGCCAUUUCUUAAGUAAAACAUUAGAUCAGUGUCCUGAAAAAAGCAAAUUAAGCCUUGUUAUCAUCUUUUUAUCACCUGGAUACUAGCACUUACCCCUAAGUAAGACUAUAAAUCCCAAGCCUGAACGUCUGUAUGUUGAGAGCAGUGGUAGCAGGGAAUUGGAGUCUUAACAACAUCUUGGAAUCACCAUUUUGACUACCCUUUAGAGACUCAUAACCAUUUAGGGUGCCUUGUGACUGUCAGUACUUUGUGGAAGAGAUUCAGUCACAUACCAGAGCUUUAUAUUUGCACAAUUAAAGUGGAUUAAAGUACUCUGUAAUUCUAGUGCAAUGAAUUCACUUAAAAACAACCACAGAUUUUGUGGUUUGGAAAGUGAUGGGGUGAAUAAACGAUUAACAGGAAGGUGUGUAAACCCCCUCCCAACCAAAUUAGGAGGAAUGCAGGAUGAAUGUUCAUUUUCAUAUAACUGCCCAUAAACAACAAAUGUUCAAUUGGGACUGGACAAAGGUAACCACCACCUAAGCUUCAUGGAGGCAAAUCGGGAUGAACUCUCAAUAAAGACGUUUGCUGAAGGAGCCCUUAGACAAAAUCUGGUGAAGCAGAACACUUAUGUUUCUAACAUUAUACAUGUGUGUAAUGUGAUAUCUUUUGGCUAGUUUUUUUAAAGUAUAUUUUAACCUUUUGUUUUCCAAAAACUCAGUGACUUAAAAAUAUGAAAGCAGUCCAUCCCUUUUCAUAUCUUCUCCCCACCCCUUGAGUCCAUGAUGCUAAUUGAAAUACCAUUCCCAUCCCAGCCUUUCUUUACCCUCUUUCUUGUUCUGUCUCUCUUGCCUUUCAAAUUAACACUGCCUCUUUGUUAAUCUUCCCACACUCAUUAAGAGGUGUGUCCUGUGUGAAUGGAGAGUUCGCCCUACAAGCACCCCAAACUCUGGUGGGGCUGUACAUUAUAGGGAGAGAUUGGUAAAGAUAAGCAAUAUGUCAAGUUGGUUGGACCUGCAAGUGUUAUUGCUCAAAUACAGUCCCUUGUCCCCAGAUGGUUGGAAGCAGAAGCAAUGUUGAUAUGUAUGCAAUGAAUCAAUCUUAUUUUUCAGGGCUUAUACCCAGAAUCCCAUGGUCUAGUGGAUAAUAAAAUGUAUGACCCAAAGAGAAAUACUAUCUUCACUCUCAGAAACGAAGAGAAGUUUAAUCCACAGUGGUACCAAGGACAGCCAGUAAGUGCUAAUUAUAUUAUAUUUUACUUAUUUCAUAUCCUGCCCUUCCUGCCAAAAGAUAUAUGCCAAUAUAUUAUAUAAUAUAUGCCAACAACCCAUGAAAGAAUUGAAAAUUUAAGUAUCUUUUGCUUUUAUUUAUCUUUUUUUAAAAAAGGAACCUGUUCUAACUGAAUAUGUAUUUAUACUAUUGCUAUAUUUAUAUAGUGUCAUCAGUGUGCAUGGCACUUUUCAGAGCACAAGAGGACAGGUCCCUGCCCCCAAGGAGCUUACAGUCUGAAAUUCAGGGCAAGAGAAACAGACAAAAGAGAUGGGGGGAGGGAACUGAAGUCAGGAUUGAACUAUCCAGUUAUUUCAAUUACACAUGUUUGUAUUAAUUACAAUUAAUCUUUGGAACUGUGGUUGAAGGUGGGUUUGAAGGAAAUUAAGGAAGGUGUUUGCAUAAAAGUGCCUUGUGAAACAGUUCCAGACAGACAGCAAAGCAGAAAGGGCAGAAUCAUUUCAGGGAACAGGUGAUGGAACUGGAUAACUGACUAUCAACAGGAAAGGAUAUGUCAGUAAAGGUAUAAGAGACCAAGGCCAUGGAGGGUUUGAAGGUAAAGACUAGAAGUUUAUUGAUUCCUCAUUGGUGCAGCUGUUUCAGUUUCACAUGCUUAAGCUUAGUUAGAGGCUGUGUACACAGUCCUGUUUAUUCUGCGGUCAGUCCAUUCCCACUACUGCUUUGGCAAGUGGUGUAGAAAGGACGUUACCUGCAAUCCAUUAGGUCCAUUAAUUUCAGUGUGUCUACUCUGAGUCAAACUUAGUUGAAUAACACCCCAUCUCUAUCCUGUUGUUUAUUAUAACAGACAACCUUUUUGGAUAUAGUUCCCCAACACCCACACAUCAAUUGAUCUGAUUUGAGAGAAAGAACAACUUACCUGUGUUUUAAGCUGGAAAUGUGUGGAUGGCUGUAGGCCCCAUUAGAGAAGAGCAUAGGAACUAGAGAGUUGAGCCAACAGCUUCAUAGAAAAGGUUGGUCUUUGGGGAAUGAUUUAGAGGAAGGAACAGAGGCGGUAUCACACGGGCAUUCCAGGAGGCAGUUUUAAGUAUACAGGAUGGCAAGGGACAAACAGUGCAGAGGGCUUUGAGGGAGCAGGAGACCUCUGAACAUCUGAACUCACUGCUAGUAAAAGUAGACAACUCUGAGCCACAUGGGUCACUGACCUGACCUGACCUGGUAAAACGUAUCUCUCCAUGUUACUAUAAAUAGCUUUAAAAUAAAGUUCACGAAAUUCAUCAUUAGAAAGACUUAAUGAAUAGCAAUUGUCUAUCCUUUCAUACAGAUCUGGUUGACAGCUAUGUAUCAAGGACUAAAAUCUGCCACGUUCUUCUGGCCUGGUUCAGAUGUCGCCGUUAAUGGAAGUUUUCCAGACAUCUAUAAAGUAUACAAUGGGUGAGUCUCUAAGUUGACGAACAACAAAUACAAAAAACCCAGAAAUUUAAAAAAGUUUUGAAAUAGCACAUCUUAUUUCUUCUACCAAUAUCACAAUAGAACAUAUUCCUCAAUUCAUCAAAUAGUCAUUUGUUUUUCUUUUGCUUUAACAAGGCAGGCUCAUCCAAUCCAUACUUGAUUUAUGUCUCAUCCAUGUCUAUCUUCCACAGAAAUGGCCUUUCACUUGGCCUCUACCCAUCUUUUUCUUUAGAACUGCAACUCAGCUAUCUUUACCUCCUCUCUUCAUCAUCCCCACCAAUGAAUCCCAGACCAAAUGAAUUAAUACAAAGCAAAUACAAAGGGAUGCAGGUGGCACUGUGGUCUAAACCACAGAGCCUAGGGCUUGCCGAUCAGAAGGUCAGUGGUUUGAGCUCCCGUUGUUCACUCCCAGCUCCUGCCAACCUAGCAGUUCAAAAGCACAUCAAAGUGCAAGUAGAUAAAUAGGUACCACUCCGGUGGGAAGGCAAACGGCAUUUCCAUGCACUGCUCUGGUUUCACCAGAAGUGGCUUAGUCAUGCUGGCCACAUGACCUGGAAGCUGUCUGCGGACAAACAUCUGCUCCCUUGGCCUAUAGAGCGAGAAGAGCACAACAACCCCAGAGUCGUCUGCGACUGGACCUAACAGUCAGGGGUACCUUUACCUUUACCUUUAAAUACUAAUAAAUAAAGCAGGUACUUCAGUGCAGAUACACAAACAUUAAAAAAUGGUCUGAGGACAACAGAAUCCACCUGUACAGAUUUAAUGGGUAAUACCUGGUCACCGUGUUUUGGAGCUGAAGUCGUUUUGUUUUGUUUUGUUUUGUUUUAUUAUUUAGGUCAGUGCCAUAUGGAGAAAGAGUAAUGACUUUUCUUAAAUGGCUACAGUUACCAGAAGAGGAAAGGUAAGCAUGACAUUUCAAAGCUAUACUUGUGCUUAGGACUGUUAGCAAACCAGGACAAUGAUUAACUUGAAUGCUAUUUGCCUUGGAUCCAAACUGGGCUCUUCCACAAACAGAACAAUAUUUGACCCUGCGGAGACUCCUGCUGGCAGAAAUGGGAAGGAAGAAAUUUUUGCUGCUUCCCUUUUUUCUCCACCAUCCUUCUUGCCACCUCCCUCACUGUUUUGGAGGGUUCCCCUGGUCCUCUGGAGUGGAUUUCCAAGGCCAAGGGGAAGCACAGCAGAAGGAGAAAUGAUGGAAUCCACUCCUUCAUCUACCAGCAGAAGCAUCCCUUGGGCAGAAUUCUGCUUGUGGGAUCUUGGGGACAUCCAUCACUUCAUAAUUCUGUGCAUUUUAGCAAGACCACCGAGUUACGCCUGUUUCCAUCUCCCUGUAAGAUAUGUAUUCAGUUUCUAACUCCAGAUGUGUAGCUGUGGUAGCAAUAUACAGUGUGGCGGUACAUUAAAGUGUAACACAUUAGUUGUGGCAUGAGCUUCCAUAGUAAGACUGUACUGAUGCAGCAUCUGAAGAAGGUACAUGUGAAAAAAUAGGGUCUUGCAGCAAAGUACAUUUGUUACAGCAUGAUCAGCACUUAAUCCCCUUUAAUUUUCAGUGGCAGAUACUUGAGUACACAUUUCACUUUCCCAUUGAAAUCAGCAGGAUUCAUGUGUGCUUGACUUUGCAUGGAUUGUGGUCUUAGGCUGCCACCAUAUGCACAUCUGCUUGUGAGUUCAGCCCACUCAUUGCUUAUGGGGUUGGGCUGCACUGAACCACAGGUUUUGUUGUUUUUGCUUCAGUGAACAACAAACAGUUUCCAGAGCCAUAGUUAUUUUAAGCUGUUGCAGAAAAAGCGAUGAAAGGUCUUGUGGCACCAUAAAGCCCUACAUAUUUAUUGCAGCACAGGCUUUCAUGGAGAAAAAAGCUUUCACGUGCACACACACACACACACACACACACACACACACUAUUUAUCAUCAUUUGUGUAGCACUUUCAAGGGUUCCAAAGUACUUCUCAUGCAUUUUGAAGGGUUUCCAAGUACUUUUCAUGCAUUAUCUAGUUAUAAUCUUAACCCGCUUAAGUGGCAGAUUAGAUUAAAACCCCAUUUGCACUGGGCUGGGGUUGGAUUACAUGUCCCUCUGCCCAGCCCUGUGUGCCACCUGUGUGCAGAGUUCCCCAUUCUGCCUGCCAAACACAAGAGCAGCAGGAAGUGCUUCUAGUGAGUUUCCUGGCAGUGGCAACCAGCAGAGAACUCUAGGGAGGGGCUGAGCCAGCUGAGGAUUUGUUUUGAUUCCAAGCCAUCAUGUGAUGGCAUUGCCCCCGAUCCAGGGCUGAUCAAUGUACCAUCUCCCAACUGCUGGAGCAAUUUCUCUCCCCCCUUUCCUUGUGAAUGUAAAUGUGGUGGGCCCCCCACUGCUCCAUUAAACCUGCCAAACAGUAGCAGGAUUAGGAGUGCAUUCUCAGUCCUUGUUACUCUUCAUAUCUCUCAUCUGGGGAGGCAUGACUAAGGAUGAGGGAGAAUGGCUUGCCUAAGGCUGCUUAAUGAGUUUAUGGCAGAGGCGAGAUUCAAACUGGAGAUUUCUUGAUUCAUAACUCAUUCUGUUCUCUUAGUUGGUGUGGCACACCUGUUCUCUAAUAUAUGUAAGCUAGGAUAUUCAGCUAUUCUGUAAGGUGUUGCAAGUCCCUUUCUUGUUCUUGGUGCACACUUAUUUCUCAUAAAUAAUAUUGAAUCUAAAUAUUUCCACACUUCUCUCUGAAUUUAUAUGUAAAAUAUUAAAAUGUUGGUGCUGUUUGAUAUAGACCACACCUUUACACUCUGUAUUUAGAAGAACCAGAUUCCUCAGGCCACAGAUAUGGACCAGUUAGCAGUGAAGUAAGUAACUUCAUAUUAUUUUACUUUUGGUUUUAAUGUUGAGUUCUGCAAUUGCUCAGGGAUGUGAUUUUUUUAAAAAAGAGAUUUGUUGGAAGCUUACAUGUACAUAAGCAGCAUUUUAAAAACAGCACUUCCCAGUUCACACCUAAUGCUCAGCUAAACCAUGGCAUAGUGUGAAUUUCUCUGGUCCUGCUGCUGCUGUGCUACCCCAGACUAAGCCUGCAAUCUGCACCCCUCUUACCUGGGAGUAAGCCCCACUGAAUUCAACGAAACGUACUUCUGAAAAGACAUGGUUAGGAUUGUGCUGUAAACCAUGGUUUGGCUUAGCAUUAUGCAUUAACCGGGCCAUGGUGUAUUACAUGUAACUGACAACCUCUUAAUUUAAGUCAUGAAAUAUAAAAAAUAAGACACAUCUUUCUUCUAACUAUAUUUGUGAUGCUUUCCAAAAUACCAGUCUAGAUUUCAGUUUGUUUCUGUGUAUGUAUGUCAGGCUGCAGGCCUAGAGAGAAACGUUUUUUCUAAGUGAGUAACUUGUUGAAAUAUUGAAAAUAUUAAUCGCCAUUAACAUUUAUUUACAUGUUAAGUUAUCAUUGGUUUUGCCUCUCCUUUUUUGUUUUUUUCCUGCAGGUCAUUCUUGCAUUACAGAGAGUAGACAGCAUGGUUGGGCUACUGAUGGAUGGACUUAAGCAGAUGAACCUCCACAAUUGCAUUAACAUUAUUCUGCUUUCUGAUCAUGGUAAGCUUAUUUAAAUGAUGCAGGUCUUGUUUGAACACUUCUUUUAAAAACAAAUAAACAAAUAAUAAGGAUAUUUUUCAAUAUUCUGGUGUUUUAUUGGUUAUAUUUUGUUUUACUGUAAUUUUGUGUUGAGCUACCCAGAGAACUGUGGUUACAGUGCAGCCUAUAAAUUUUAGGUGUGAAUGAAUACAUAUUUUCUCUAACUUGAUUUGGUUCAUACUCUUCAUUAUUUGUAAUAUCUCAUAUCAGUAUCUCAGAAAGGUCCAGAAUAAAUGGAAGUAAAUCCAGUUUAAGUCACAGUUACUUACUUCCAUGUUUAGGAUUGAGGUGGAGAAACAAAAACAUAGGCAACAAAUUACAACAUUUAUGGUACAAUCGAAACAACCUGCUGGGGUGGGGAGAUUGGAUCCAGCAGCUCUUGGGUUGUCCCAACUGCGUUGCGGCUAUGCCAGUAUAAGUUCUCCACCCUGGCUCAGAUGAGCAGCAUAAGUUAAGUGAGCAUAACCCGCCAACCCCCACACUGCCAAAAAAAAGGGGGUGACCCAGGGGAGUGGCUGGAGCAGGAGGGAGAAAUGGCAGCGUGACCCUGAUCCCAAACCUCCUUCAGCUCUUUCAUUAGAUCUAGCGACCCGGCAGAAGUUACACCAUUUCCUGUAGUUUUGGAUUGUUCUGUUAUUGAAAUGUCAAAGUCUAUUUAUACUACUAAGGUUGCAAUCCUAUACACACUUAUCUGGGGGUAAGUUCCAUUGAACUUGAUGAGGCUUGCUUCUGAGUAGACAUGUACAGGAUUGUGCCAUUCAUUUGUUGUUCAUGUCUUUCUAGUAAUUUUGCUUGGUGAGCUAUGUUGUCUCAGUGAGCUAUUCUUAAAAAGAGUCUUUCUUUCUUUCUUUGAAGGAAUGGAGGCAGCAAGCUGCAGCAAAUCAACAUACCUAAAUACAUACUUGGAUAGCGUUCAAGACUUGUUUGUAGUACCUGGACCUGCAGCUCGCUUGAGACCCCAAAAAGUUCCAGAUGAGUAUUACUCUUGUAUGUAACUACUAGACUAAUUUAUACUACUUAUUUGUGUGCGUUGCAACUUUCAAAGUACAGCAAAAUAAAUAUUGGAACGAGCCUGUACUACAAGAGGUCCAUAACAAAAUAACCACGUCAAGCUUCUCUCCUGCUUCAGUCCUGGGAAUGGUUGACCUUUGUUUGACCAAAGAGCAGGUUAAAAUGGAAACUGAACAAAUAAAUGAAUUAUUUGUGUUCAUUACCUGUAUCUGAAACAACUUAUAAGCAUCUAGAGUGCAAUCCUAAACAUAUAUACACAGAAGUAAGUCCUAUUGAAUUCAGUGGGGCUCAUUCCCAGGUCAAUGAGGUAAAGAUUGCAGCAAAAAUUAUAGAACAAUGCAUCAUUGCACUGGAGCUCUUCUCUAUGACAACUCUUCAGUGAUUUAAUCACUCGAAAGACAUAACUUAAGUGUUUUGGAACACUUAAGCUGGUUGGAUGUGGGGAGGUAAAAAAGAACUCUAGUUUUUGCAGGCAUCUUCUUCAUUCAGCUGAUGGCCAGGGUUAUAUACAAAUGCAACCACUGACUAUCUUGAGGCACAACCCCAGUAUUCUAUCAAUAUAAUACAAUACAAUAAGAUGCCACAUGUAAUCAUACUUUGGUAGAGCAUGUGACUCUUAAUCUCAGGGUCAUAAAUUCGAGCCCCACAUUGAGCAAAAGAUUCCUGCAUUGCAGGGAGUUGGAGUAGAUGGCACUUGUGGCCUUUUCGAAAUCUACAAUUCCAUGAUGCAUUUUUAGUCCACAGUCUCUUAACUUUCUUUCGCAGAAGUGAAUAAAUGCAAUUGAUUUCUUUUGGGGGAAAAUACAGAGCUGGCACAUUUUAAAGCAAUUGAACUGUUUCAUACCAAGGGCAUGAUAUUUCAAAGAACACAAAACUCAAGUAGGUUCCAGAAAGAUGACAGUUGCUGCUUGUUUUUAUUUAUUUAGACACUUCUCUAUGUUUAACUAAUGUACUGAGCACUCAGAGAAAUCUCACAUUACUCAAGUAAGUUGUGUGUUAAAUGAACGAUUGGAGAGCUUUUCAGCCAAGUCUGCCUGAUGCCAGCAUGGGACUGGCCACAUUUGUUUUUGACACCCUUGUGCUAUGCUGUAUGGUAAAGAGUUGCUUUUGGUGUGGAUAAGGCUAUGGCAAAAAAGAGAGAGCCAUGACUGCUUGCUAAGGAAUAUGAAGUAUUGUGCAGUUUUUAAAUCACCAUGACUUAUUAGGACAUCCUUUAUUUUCAUUUUUCUUUUGACCUUUAGGUAACUAAUUAUUUCAUCUAACUCUUCCAGUUGAUUACGAAGGCAUUGUAAGAAACCUUACAGUAAGUAUAGUCAUGACUCUCUGUCCAGUUGUAAAAUUAUAGCUACGUUCUUUAUCGGGCUUACCCUUGUGGGUAUGACACCAGAUCACAUGGAAGUGGCUCCUAUGAUGGGGUGAGAGAGAGAGAGAAGGGGACCUGAAAGUUUUCUAUAGAAGAAUUUGAAUAGGUUUACUGUUUGAGUUAUUCAAGUGUUUCCAUUUGGGAACACUUAAAAUUUGCAAGCGUAACGGGGUUAAAUAUGUGUUUUUAAUUUCAACAUUUUCAGUGCUUGGUUCCAAAUCAACCUUUCAAGGCAUACCUGAAGCAACUGCUCCCCAAGCGAUUUCAUUAUGCCAAGAAUGACCGGAUUGAGCCAGUGCAUUUUUAUAUGGACCAGCAAUGGCAGCUUGCUCGGUAAGUGGCCACUCUUUCUUUCCUGGCUAUGAAAAUUUAAUUUUUUUACAGGGCCCAUGAACUCUGCUUGUGCAUGGAAGCAUUCUUUCAUUCCAGCACCGUAACACAAAUCGUAUGUUUCUGAGUUUUGUUGCUUAUUUCUGUUAAGUGGGAUCAAAUUAUAUAUUUGUAACCUUUCUUGAGUUUUCCCUUCUGCUAGUUUGUUGGAUUUUGAGGCUGAGCUUUGCUGGUUAGAAGAAUUUUAAGGAGCAGGACAAGGAGUUAGUCCUGGAUAUGGAAAGGGAAAAGAAGCUAAUGAAGAGAUUUGAGAAGCAUCCAUGGCCAUAGCUAGGAUUUAGGGGGGGCGGGGCAGCGGCAAAACCUCAGUUAAGUAUUUUUGUUUAUUUACUUGAUGGGAGGAUGGCCUCCCCUCCGCCGCCCUUGGCUAUGACAAUGGAAACAGCAUUACAUAGUCUCAGCAAAUGGUGCUCUGAAUAGUAGGAAGAGGAACAAAUUGUGAAAAAGGAAGGUUUGAGGGUCAGUGGUUGCGCUAGUCAAGCUUUUUCUGUAAUGCCGGUUGGCAGGUAUUGCCAGUUAUCUAUUCAUGUCUGUGUUUUGUAGGAUGCCCUCUGAGCUCAAGUAUUGCACUGGUGGAUUCCAUGGGUCAGACAAUGCAUUUGCAAAUAUGCAGGUAAAUAGGGUCUCUCCCCUCUGUGCGCUUCCAAUGCUUUUAAUGAUCCUAGGGUAGCUUUGAUGCUGGGAUCUCUAUCAUGCUCCCUCUAUGUUUCUCACUCAUGCCUGACCACUGACCCUCCUUGCCAUCUAGACUUGUGUCCUGCCUACUUAGGCUUAUUCCAGUUACCUGUAAUAUGGGGCUGGGAGGCCCCUGCGAGCUCAUCUAUAUAUCUUUAAAAGAUCCCCCACUGUAUUGCUUUCAUGGGACUGUUCCAAAUUCAGGUUGUAGGUGAAGAAUUUUAUAUCUUGCCAGCCAGCAUUUUAAAUUAUCUCACUUUUGAUAUUUGGAUCAAGAACCCAUACGUUUAUGAAAUGCCAGAGAUAUGGCAUUUAUCUUACUUUAAAUUGCAGAUUCUGUCCUGUUCCGAGUGUGAUGGGGUGGGAUGAUACUGGGUAACCCAACAUUUAUUCUUCUGUACAUCUGCAAAGUAUGUAGUCCAAAUGCAUGGCACAGGUAUCAUCCUUGUAUCAGCUCUUGUCUGCUAGAUUUUUCUGGUGACUGGAGCAGUCUUACAGCUAGAUCUUGGUUUUAUUAAAUGUGCAACUUGCAUGAGAAUUCAAAAGAAUGGUCUUUGCAGGGGACAAGUAGUAGUUUAAGAUCUUUACUGUAGGAACAUCUGUUGUUACCGAGAAGCAUGGCAUGCUAAUGUUCUUUAUCACAAACAGCAGUGGCUGCACAAAUAACAGCUGUUAAAAAAAAAUUACCACAAGAGAUAAGAAACUCACUCGCCUUGAAUGUAGUAGUCUGUUAUUUGCUUUUGUUUGUCUUGAGGGAUGCAGCUGUAGUCUGAAUAAAGGUAGAUUAUAACAUUUAUAUCAUGACUUCAAUAACAUUUGCAAGGAAAUACAUAUUGUAUUUGUUCAAAGAAAGUAAAAAAGAACCUCAACUGGAACAUUUGCAACAAUGUAAGCCUCCUGACAGAUAAUGUUAGAUCAAACUUGGUUUUUUGUUUUGUUUUUAAAGCUGGGUUUCCUGUAUGCCGUUAAAAAGGGCUAUCUCAGUCUUACAUGUUUAGAUAAAUUUAAGGGCUACAUAGACACAGGGGCAUAAUUAGUCACUGUUUACUUCUGCUGGAGACAGUUCUGAAAAAUAUAUGUGAAUCAACUAUAUAUUUCUCAUACACACAGUCUAAAGUAGAGAAGUCUGUUGAAAGGUUGUUCCGAUUUCCCCUGAAAUAACUUUAACGGAGAAUCAUUUAAGAUGAGCUUAGACUGCAUUUGUAUUCAGAUCAAUUUAGCAAUUAUUAGUUAAACACUAACAGUGCAACCUUAUGGAAGUAGUAGAAAUAGAAUUAAUCGUGCCUAUUCUCAGAUAAAUGAGAAAAGGACUACAUCCUAAAUGGAUGUUCCAAAUGAGUGUGUGUUACACACUGAGAGAGAGAGAGAGAGAGAGAGAGAGAGAGGGAGAUAUGUUCAUUUCAUACAUAUAAAACAUAAUUUCUGUUUUAUUCUAGGCUCUGUUUAUUGGGUUUGGACCUGGAUUCAAGAUUCAAAAUGAAGUUGAUCCCUUUGAAAACAUUGAGAUCUACAAUUUAAUGUGUGGUAUGGUAAAGUGGCUGCUCCCCCCCCCCACCUCACAAAGCUUUUGGAAAAAAUAGUUUUUGAUUGGACUGGACUUUUACAUGCACAUUAUGGAUACAUUUCUUAUAGUGGGAAACUGCUGGACUCUGCUGUCUCCUGCCCACGUCAAUUUUCAAUCUAACAACAAUAACCCUACAUUUUUUUUAGCCCCUUCUUGUCCUCUUCCUAUUCACUCUCUUUCUAUACGUGUAUCAUCUUCUCAGGAUUCCCAUAUCUUAAUAUUUCCCCUUUCUUGGAGCUCUCUCUACCCAUUGCAAACUGCCCCACACUUAAAUAAGUGUUUAAUGGGUUUCAUGGGUUAUUGGACAUAGACAAGAAGCCAAAUAAGCCUUCAGCUUCACCAUAAAGACAUGUUUUGUUGUCUUACAUUUUGAAACUUUGCAAGUGAUGAAAUGCAGUCUCAACAUACAGAUUCAUGGGAGCUGUAUAUUAAAGCUCUCUUGCACGGCCCUUGAUGACCUGAUUAUCCAGAUUAAUAGCUUGUUUCCCCUUAGCAUCAAUAGCGCUCUCAUUUUCUCAGUGUGCAUUUAUUGAAAUGGUUGUCCCUGUGCACAGACUUCUCUUUGGGAGAAAACUGUUUGUAAAUACUAUUCACACUUGUGAAAUCCCUGUCAGUUUGAGGCUGCAUUGGACUGCUUUUUAUUAGGGAAUGAAUUUUAGCCUAUCGUGUAUUAGCAGCAGCAUCACAGCCUGCAAAGGGCCCAAGCUUUUGCUUCACCUCUAGAACCUCUGUCAACAGUGAAGCUAUUGUCCUGUGAAGGAAAUGAGAGAGAAAUUCUUGCAGUUGUAGACUAUUCCUGUAGGCUUGAAUCAGGGUUGGGGUUGGCCAGUGUGCAAGUGUGCCUUAUAGAAGGCGGAAGAUCCCAAGCUGUCUUCUAUACAUAUGACAGGCAGUGUUUCUUGGGUAGUGAGCAGACUAUAAUAUACUGUAUUUAAAGAUUUGCUUGUUCCCAUAUGAGUCUGCCUACUCACUGAUAUCUUUAGAGGAAGCACAACUUCACAUCUCAAUAACGUCUGAGGUCCUCCUCAGUGGUAGUACCCAGGCUCUGGAAUUCUGUCUCCCAGGAGACCCACCUGUGGCGUGUGAUUACUUUAUUUUACUGUCUUAUACUUUUAUGCAUAUGAUCUGCUUCCAGCGGGCCUUUCAGUUGACCACCAGCAUAGAUAUAAUUUAAAAAUGUCAGAAAUUCUAAAGACAUGGCAUUUUCAUGAUCAUACUUGCAAGUGGACUGCAGUGCAGAAGUGCACCUUUGAACAUCUUUGCCAUUGUUUUCUGAACAACUGUAGAUCUACUCGGCUUGACACCGGCUCCCAACAAUGGAACCCAUGGAAGCCUCAACCACCUUUUAAAGAAGGCCAGUUAUAUGCCGAGACAUCCCAAGGAAGAAAGCCUUCCUUCAACAUGCCCUCCCACACAGCAGAGAACCUCUGCAGAUAACCGUGGCUGCCCAUGUGAUUUUUCAGUAAGUAUUCAUGAGACCAAAAAAAUAUAUGUAGCAAUUGAUGGCACUCCUGGCUAAAACCAUGGAAUCCUGCAUAAGCUGUGUCAACAUCACUUGGCAUUCAGUGAUGUCAAUGAGGGAUUUCUAUGGUUUGUAAUAAAUAUUUUUUUAAAAAAAAAAAACCUUUAAAUAUCUAUAUUUCUAACCCAGUCUUUAUAAUAAUGUGAUACCAGGGAGGGUUAUCAACCAAUACAAUCAUAACCCAAAAAUAAAAGGAGCAGAUAAAAUCACAGCAAGGGCAGCAAUAACAAGAAUAAUAAAUAUCUGGCCAGAUGGUCACCCCUGUAAAGGCUGGAUGGAAUAGGUGGUUUUCGGUUAACAUUGGAAACUUAUCAGUGUUGGUGCCAGUCAUAGUUCAAGGGAAAGGACAUACCGUGAUGGCAGUAAGAGUGAGAGGACUGUCCCUCAAUGCUGCAUAACAGAUGUCACUGGGAUGAGGAACAGCUAGGAGAACCUGAUCUUAGCAUGUUUUAGAACUUUAUAAGUCAUUACUAGUGCCUUGAAUUUUGCUUGAUAGCAAGCAAAUUGGGAACCAUUGCAACUCUCACAAGAUCAGUGCAAUAGGAUUCCAAGGACCUGAACCGUCAGCUGACUAGCUGCCACAUUUUGCACUAGCUGUAGCUUCUGAACCAUCUUCAAAGCAAGCCCCACAUACAGCUUAUUACAGUAAUCCAAUCCCAAGGUUGUCAGUGCAUGAGUCAUAGAGGCUAGACUGUCCCUUUUCAGGAAUGGCCAUAGCUGGCAAACCAGACAGAGCUGGAAAAACAGCUUUCUACUGAGACCACACCUAACAACAAUGCUGGAACAAGGAGAAUUAUCAGACCAUGAGCCUCCUCCUUCAAAGGGAAAUAUCUCCACCCAGCCCAGCCCCCAGAUGAUGAUGUGAAUUCAAUUGUUCCUGUCUUGGUCAUCAGAUUGGUCCUUUGAUGAGUGGGUUAGAGACCUAACCCUGCUCCACAGCUGAUCUGCGCAGAUCAGCUGAGGGGGAAGAAGGGAGGGCUAUGUGUCUGUGAUAGUUGGGUGGUCACACCCAUUGCUGGCAUGUGACCCUUGCAGGGUAGGCCAAUGGUAAAUUUAGCCCUCAACCAUUGACUAUUUUAGCUGGGUCUGAUAGGAGCUGGAGUUCAACAGCAGCUGGAGGGCCCAUAGGUUCUCUGUCUCUGAAGUGGGAGAAAGCUUUGUCACUAUAUCCCCUCAUGGGGCCCCUGUGAUUGAGAGGAACAAAGUUGAAACUUAAAAAACAGGACAUUUUUUGUGAAAUGUUUUGCUUGGUAUGAUGGUACACAAAAUGACGACCUCACCUUUUGCUUUCUCUUGCCACAGAUUCAACAACAGAUAACUUUCAAUACUUCAGAAAGUAAGCGUUGUAACUACUUAGAGAAAAGUAUAAAUUAAGCAGAAAAUCUUUCCAGGAGAAGCAAGCUGAAUUGUGUUUUUCUUCCUCCUACUCUAGUAAAGAAGAUUGAAAAAUACAGUUUGCCAUUUGGGAGGCCCAGAGUGCUCCAAAAGAAGCAGGUCUAUUGUCUUCUUCACAGCUACCAUUAUGUAAAUGGCUUUAGCCACAAGAUCAAGAUGCCUUUGUGGAGUGCCUAUAUGGUUAACAAGCAUGUAAGUACAUUAGUAAUUAAGGAGACAGUUUAUAUUUAAAAGGGGGGAAAGAAGUUAUCAGGAGGUGCAAGACUAGUGAGCCUAAACAAUACUAAGACAAAUACUGAUACUAAGAGCUAAACUAAAUGGUUCUUAGACAGCACAGUGGUUCCCCAUAAGUAUUGUGGGAGAUUGCAGAACAGGCCCAUGUUACAAUUCAGCUAAUUUACUUCAUUUGAUAUUUAGUUGACUUUCACUGGUUUUCAAUGGGUGGGUCAGGACCCCCUAGUGGGUUGCAGCCUGAUCCAAGAUGGGUUGCAGCAAGAUCACCACCACCAUGAAAACAUAUGGUAAAAGAUAAAGAAUUGGGUCACCAAAUGCAUGCUUGCAUUAAAAGUGGGUGCUUCAGCCUGAAAAGGCCGAGAGUACCAGGGCUAGAUAUUGAAUUGAUUAGAAUUCCAAGUUGAAGAUUUUGAAGUUCAUACAUCCAAGAUCUCCCACAGCAGCCUGAAAUCCUCCACUGUCACAGUCUUCUGUUGGACAAAGGCCAGGUGGACCACAACGCAUCCAUGUGCUUCUCACAUUUGCAUGUCACAUGUUGUCUCACCCUAGCUAUGACCAGCUUGGUCGGAAAAAUGUCUGAUGCUCCAAAAUGAAAUUUCCACCAAAUAGGUCUACAUAGACCUAUUCCUGGUGGUGUGGCAAAAUUGGAAGAGGUUUGGAAUUAUAAAAUUCUACUAUUAGAGAGUUCUCCACAAGUCAUAUGUUCAGCCAGCCGAACUGAGACUGGAAUAAUUAUUGGCCAAAAAAAAAAAGCUUCACAGGCUAAACCAUUUCAUAGGUGACAGUCAGAGUAAGGGAGACAAUUGUGAAUCUGUAUCUGGCAAUUUAUGUAAUGUGCGGUAUGCAUACUCAGCAACUAAUGCCCCAUUUUGUUAAUUAGGACAAUUGGACUGCAUCUUCAGAAGCCACCCCAAGCUGUUUCAAUGUCGACAGUCGCAUUCCUUCGAACCGCAGCCAGAUGUGUUCAUUUUACAAAAGUCACCCCCAGCUAAACUAUGGAUUUCUUUUCCCACCAAGUAAUUCUGUUUUCUUUCUCAUUUCUAAGCAGAGCAAUUUAUUAGCGUGCAAAGCAAGAGUUGCAGUUUCUGCUUUUAUAUAUAAGAUGUAAGGCACUGACUGACUUAUGUGCAUUGAAUUGACAUGCAACAGUGCAUGCGCACAUCGCUGUGACCCAGAAGUGGGCAAAAAAGGGGGGGAAUGGGGCAUAAGCCUUUUUUGAGACAUUUCAUUCAAAUUUUGUAAUUAAUAGUUGUUUAUACAUUUUUAAUUUUCAGAUCUGAUAAAGGAUGAAAGAUACAGUAAAGUCGAAGCAUUCUUAUCAAGCAAUAUUGUACCAAUGUACCAUGCUUUCCAUGGUAAGGGUUAAUUAUGUCUUCUCUUUUUAUUUUUAAAACCACCACCUGCCACCCAAACCCCUGAAACUCACUAAUAAGUAAAGAUGUUUGGAGGCAAGUGUGUACUCCCUCAGUUGAAGAAUGGUAUGAGGAGGCAGCAGGGCUGACUAACAGAGCCAGGUGAGGGGCCUGGAGGCAGCUGCUUGCACCUCUCUGUGCUGCCACCCCAGUUUGCCUAAAAAAAUAUACAAAACAAGGGAAAUUCCCCAGGCCACAGAGGUUAUGUGUUAUGAGGCCUCCAACAUCCCAAAGAUGUAAUAUUUGCCAGCCAUCAGGGGAUGGUGAUAUGUUCAUGCCAUACAAAACUAGUUUGACAAAUAAGAAAAAUAAAGGCAGCCUAUGAUCUUAGUAAGGGAAAUGCCAAAAGAUGCUCUUUUAUCCUGUAUGUGUGAUUGAUAGGAAAGGCGCUUGUAUUUCCUUGUUCAACUGCUCCCAUUGUGUUUUCAGUGAUAUGGAACUACUUUAAUGCAGUCCUACUGCCAGCCUAUGCUGCAGCCAGAAAUGGUGUCCAUGUCAUUACUGGCCCUGUGUUUGAUUAUGACUACAAUGGCUUGUAUGAUACACCCGAGGAAGUGAAAAGGUAAACAUAUGUCAGUUGUAGCUAUUUUUAAAACCGUAUUACAAUUUUAUGGCACUAGCUACCAUAGAAAAGUUCUUACUAUAGUUAAUUUCUGGGAUGAAACAUCAGAUAAAAUGCAUUUUGUUAUCUAUAUCUAUCUAUCUAUCUAUCAUCUAUCUAUCUAUCUAUCUAUCUACCAUCUAUCUAUCAUCUAUCUAGCUCCCAUUUUUGUAUUCUCAGCAAUACUGAUGGGCCAAUAAGUCUGUUUCACUUUCACAUGAGUUCACCUAUGAGUUCACCUAGAAGUUCAUUGUGUUCCAUUUCUGCAGACACCUGUGAUUUUAUUUCUUUGGAAAGUUAGCCAACAAUCUAUAUUUAAAUGCUAUUUUAAAACACAUUUCUUUUAAAAUAUGUAUUUCUAUGGCCUCCCAAAUUGGUAUUUAAACAUAUUCUGAUAUGGUUUCUGAGUCAAGAAUUGUAUGAAGUAUGAAUGUUGGUGGAUAAAGUAAGUUCUGAUCCUCACAUUAGUUUGGGAACAAAAUUAAAAAAUGCCUUCCAGUAGCACCUUAGAGACCAACUAAGUUAGUUAUUGGUAUGAGCUUUCGUGUGCAUGCACACUUCUUCAAAUACACUGAAACAGAAGUCACCAGACCCUUCUAUAUAGUGACAGGGUGGGGAGGGGUAUUACUCAGAAGGGUGGUGGGAAUGGGUGAUUGGCUGAUAGGUGUGGUAAACCUGUUGACUGUAGUUUGGGAGUUGUGGAUUGGUUCAGUUCGUAUAUCAGUGUAUGUUAAUAAGGAAUUCCUUUCACUCUUCCCCUCCCCCUUUUUAUAACUGAUGAACUACUUGAAAGCCUAUUUUGACUUUAAGCAGUACAGUGGUACCUCUGGAUCUGAACGGGAUCCGUUCCGGAGCCCCGUUCGCAUCCUGAGUAGAACGUAAGACGCGACUGCGCGUCUGUGGGUCAUGUUUUGCCGCUUCCGCGCAUGCACGCGAUGUCAUUUUGAAUGUGUGCUCAUGCGCAAGCGGCAAAAGCCGGAAGUACCACGCUCUGUUACUUCAGGAUUGCCGUGGAGCAUAACCUGAAAACGCUCAACCUGAAGCACAUUUAACCCGAGGUAUGACUGUAUGUGCAUUUAUAAAUAAUAAUUUAUAUUACUUUAUAUUAUUAAUAAUACAAAACACAUGUCCACUUUAAUAUAGUGGGCAAAGUUAGCCUAGCCCCCUCCUAAGCUUGAACACUCCCUCUCCUCUGUCUCCUUAAUUUUUUUGGAAGAUUUCAUUUCCAUUUUCCCUUAACUGUGUUUUGUUUUGUCUGAAUCAGGGAACAUGAUUUAAUGCUGACUGAAGUUUGUUUCAAAGUAAGCGUACACUAACCAUAGGAUCCCUGGUUCUGACUAAUUAGCAACCACAGUUAGGGGGAAAUGGAAGCAGCUACUUCUGGACUGUAGCUCAGCUUUGUGGGAGAGGAGCAGAGAAGGAGAGGAGCCCAGUCAUUCAUGUAGUGCUGAACGAAGAUUUAGCAUUCAGUCCAAAUACAGCCUGUGAACCUGCUACACAGAUACCUACUAUCAUUUCGACAAAUUCAAUUCCUUCCUUCAUCUGAGUUGCUAUUGUAAUUUUUCUUUCUUUCAAAGCUUUCCUUGGGAAAACAAUUCUAGCUUUCCAGUUAACUAGACUCAUGGUUCCAAAGAGUUCUUUUGACUUAUCAUGAACUCUGCUCGAAGUAACUCAUUAACGGCAUCAUUAACUGCAAAGCUUCAGUAGGUUUGCUUUAAAAUGAGGAAGUAAAGCUUUAAAAAAAGGAAACCUACUUCCAGAGAAACACAUUUCAUGCCUUUGACAUCAAGGGACUUGAUCCAUCAGCAAAUUCUCCUAUAUGAUUCAUUUCAAAAAUGUUUUCUCACAGCAGAACUUUCUGGUGGGUUGUAUUUAGCAGGAUCAAACCAUUUUAAUGCUAUAGUUUGGGCUUAAAUGUUUUGUUGAUUCCGCUGUCCAUUCUAUUGUGGUGUGACAAAACUUUAAAAGCUUACAUGGACAAAGACUAAGAUACUGAUUUUUUAAAUUUUUAUUCCAGGCUCACAAGUAAUCCAGAAGUUCUCAUUCCAACUCACUACUUUAUUAUCUUGACAAGUUGCAAAAAUGUUUCCCAGACUCCUUGGCAAUGCGAAGGGUCUCUUGACGUUGCAUCUUAUGUUAUACCUCACAAAGAAGACAACAGUGAAAGCUGCGCAGUGAGUAAUCCCAAUCCCCCCCUCCCAAAUAAGACAGGCACACUCUGUGGCAAUCUUUUACACAACCUUUUCUCUCUGCUCCAACAGAAUGGCAAGCCUGAGUCCUCGUGGGUGGAAGAGAGAAUUAAGUUCCAUACAACCCGAGUCAGAGAUGUGGAACUUCUUACGGGACUAAGUUUCUACCAUGACAGAAAACAGCCUGUAUCCGACAUAUUACAGUUAAAAACUUAUUUGCCAAGCUUGGACAAGGCCUAAUGCGAGUUUCUAUACAGAAAGAGAGAGAAAGAAAGAAACUAUAUUGCACAAAGUAAAUGUUUUAAUCGUGCUGGAAGAUACCUUUUUUUUGAAGAUGCUUGAGCAAAAUGGGAGCUGGAAAGACUCUCUGCCACAUUUGUAUCUCAGGGACAUUUUAUGGACCAACUAUAGCAAAAGAGAACAGCUUCUCCCAGCCUGUUAUCCACAUGAAUGAGGUGGAAAUUUUUUGUAUAUUAUUAAAGUCAUUCUGCCAGCCAUACGUAAAUGGACGCACAUGCAACGUCAACAGCUCUUUUCAACUUCAUUUAAGUGUACUGGAAUUACUUUAUUUUUGUUUAUAGUGGAUUAUUUGUGUUAAUAGUGGAUUAACUAAAAGUGAAACAACUGGCAUGUAUAUUUUUUAAAAAAGAAUAAAUAAUAUAAAUACUAAAUAAAGAUACAGCCAUGUUCCGGAGUUGUUUUCCAGAAUGUACUGUAUGUCAAAUACUUAU